AUGCCUCCGAGGACAGGCCGUUCAUUCGCCGAGAAGGACGAACCCCCGUUCACUGGUUCUAGCAGCGAAGAGGGCGAACCGGAGGAGUCUGAGCCAUCCACUUCCACCGAUGAUGACAGCUUUCUGGGUGGACAAGAACAUUUGGUCGCACGAGGCCUAGCCACACCUCCAAACAAUGCCAGCAGGGACCCUACUAUCUAGGACCCGGACUCAGAUUCGUCGCUCCACGUCCCGGAUGACAGUUGUGCUGCUGCUGCAGCAGGAUAUCAAUCCAAGGGCCUUUUUUCGGCCAUGCAGCGCACACUCGCUGAACUUGGUUCUCUCUGAUGCAGCAUCUUGUUGCUUGGAGGCGGCUGAGUUUUUAACACCAUCCAAGAGAUUUAUAAAUUUUUAUCCGGAUCUACACAUCGCUGGGACUUGCUGAAAGAGAAUGUAAAAGAUGGACUCACAGUGAAAUCCCUCAGAGCCGGAUGGGGGCUAUGAAACCUGUGCGUUACAAAAUCAACCUCCAAGAAGCAGUGUAUGCUUUUGCUGCCAGGAAGGCCAGGCGAGUCAACUUGUCUUUGAAAAGGUAAGCCUUGAUCAUAAACUAAUUCUAUCACAGAGUAAUUUGUAAGAUUACUCAAUUAUCUAUCGCCUGUUUACUCCGUAAUUAUUAGACUUAAAUAGACUACAUCCUAAUCUCGCUCUCUGAUUAUUUGAUUUCAGGACCAUUGACAGCUACCGAGAGAACAUCGCUGACUGCAAUGCAGCACCACAGCAGAGGAAAGAGGCCACUAGGCGGGCCACGAAAUGAAGAAAUGCUGAAACUGAUGUUUGACAAUCAAAUUUGAUAUGUAAAUAAACAAAAUUCGUUAAGGCUGGGUCAUUGACAGAAAGCUUAUUUUACACUGCUCCAACGAAACGAGUCCCGCCUUUAUGAAAGCACUUGUUUCCAAAACUCAAAUUAUCUCACUCUUUUUACAGUUCUACAGGAAUAUUAAAUAAUAUGUUAAAUAUGUUAAAUAAAAGUGUUAUUUCUAUUGUAACAAUUGUGGGUUUGUGCCAUGUGUGAUAACAGGUGUCAUAUUAUUAGUAAGAAACUCUGUUUCCUACUAUAGGCAGCUGGCUGCAUAGUGAUUGCAACAUUGUAACUCUCCGAUGCAGGGGUUAAUGUAAAAUUCAUUUUUGCCCGGUAAUGGACCUCCUAUAUGUGCACGCGCGCACCAAAAAAAUGUUAUGGGCCUAAUCAUAGAAUUGCAUAUAGAAUUGGAGCCUAUUUCUCCCUAUUAAAAAACAUGGUAGGCCUAACUGUUUGACAAACACUAUUAUGCUAUCCAUAGAUGUCGGUAUAGCCAAAUCCUCCAAUACAGUCGCAUGCACUCCUUAAAUACCUCGUGUUUGGGAAGGGCUUGGUGUGUUUGGGUGUUUGGGCUCUAAUUGAGUGAGGGUAUCCCACACCCUUUGUUAAAGAAAAGGGCAAAAAGGAUAUCUAUUGUUAGCUUUAUAUUUGGAAAUAAAUACAUAAAAAGUAUCCAGAUUAUAUAAAGCGUUCUAUAACAAUGCUUAACUCUGUGAAGCCUUAUGGUAGAAACAAGCUUUAAAAUUCAUGCGAAAGACGUGACUCCGAUGCAUAUGGGGAUAUAUUGAUUCCUCUCUAUGACAUUCUGAAGCUGAGCUGCAGCCUAUAAUAUUCAAGGAGACAAACAAAUUGACUUUGCUAUUCUGUCCCUAUUAAUUGAGGUUUUCACUUUCUGAAAAUAGAAGACGUUUGUUUAAACCCAGGCAGCUUUUAGGGAAGCACUUCUGUUGUUGGGUUAUGCAAUGGAGGAGUAGCCAGUAGUUGAAGCUUACAUUUUUCUGCUUCGGUAGAGCGUCUGUCUGGAUGGAAAGGUAACUUUUGAAAGUGCCAUGCUUAUAUUCAUAAGGAUGUCUAAGAUUUUAUUAUUUGCAAACAGCUGUUGCAAACAAGACACUGGUUUGACAUUGGAGAAAUAUGGUAAGAAUGCCUAUUUCUCUGCCCAUUCUUUCCUGAAACGUCUAUUUAAUUCUCCACCUUUCUUUUGAGACUUUUUCAGCCCAUUUCCUUUUGAUUGCAAGAUGUUUUUCCCCAAUCAACGCACACAGAAAUAUAAAAAACGAAUUUAAUAGAGACAUUGGUGAUUUUAUCAGUGUAAUCAGAUUGAAAAUAUUAGGCUGUUAUUGACAUUGUACUGAUUAUAUAGCCUACUAACCAGAUGUUUUUAGUUUUUAUUUGUAGCAUAGGCACAUGGAUUGGGCUGCUAUUAUGUUCUGUUCCUCCGAUUUCUAGCUGAGAAAAAAAGAGGCCCAAGGCUGAACCUAUUGCAGACCCCUGCUGUACAUAGUUUAGCAGGGGGACGCCAGUUUUUUGUCUUGCCUAGAGCGGCAGAACGUCCAGGGCCGGCCCUGAGUGUGUGUGUGUCUCACUGUAAAGUAGAAGAGCUCAGUCUCCUGUUGGUUGGCACGGCGCUUGGCGAGGCUGGGUUUGUUUAGGUAGCCGUCCGACACGCUCGACUUGACUGACUCUGAAGAGGGGCUGUGGGUGAAACUCUGGGAAACGUCAUAGUCAUCCAGCACUGUCAUGUCCUGAAGGGUGGUGAGAGUGGCCCCCCAUGUCUUCUUCACCUGGGGGUAGGGGAAGUAGAGUUAGACCAAAGUAAUCACUCACAGAUUAUGUGUAGUGUAUGUGUGUGUUCAUGUAUUUGUAGAUAUGAGGUUUGAGCGAGUGUGUAUGCGCAUAUUAAAUCUGUAUGGUGCAGGUGGUGUGUGUUUAUUUGUGUAUGGUAAUUACGAUGUGUGUGUGUGUGUGUGUGCUGAGACGUGCAGAUGCAGCUCAAUACUCCAGUCUCCAUCAGCACUUCUGUGCCCUUCAGGGUGCGAUAACAGCUGCCCUCCCAUUCCAGAGCAAUCCAUAUACAAUCUGCUCAACAGUAAUACACACUCCAAAAACACACUAUACAUACCCAGAAACAGCUAUAGCUUCAGGGCACGAAAACGGUUUAUUUGUAGUUACAAAAUCACUCCAACCCAACCAAUUUAUCUGUUACAAAAUCACUCCAACCCAACCUCCCUCUCCUUCUUCCCACAGCAUGUAGUCUGAGAGUCAACCAAACUACAACACAGCACACUGGGAAACUGUAUAUGUCUGGUCUCACCUCUACAGCAAAGCACACUGGGAAACUAUAUACACUGCUCAAAAAAAUAAAGGGAACACUUAAACAACACAAUGUAACUCCAAGUCAAUCACACUUCUGUGAAAUCAACCUGUCCACUUAGGAAGCAACACUGAUUGACAAUACAUUUCACAUGCUGUUGUGCAAAUGGAAUAGACAACAGGUGGAAAUUAUAGGCAAUUAGCAAGACACCCCCAAAAAAGAAGUGGUUCUGCAGGUGGUGACCACAGACCACUUCUCAGUUCCUAUGCUUCCUGGCUGAUGUUUUGGUCACUUUUGAAUGCUGGCGGUGCUUUCACUCUAGUGGUAGCAUGAGACGGAGUCUACAACCCACACAAGUGGCUCAGGUAGUGCAGCUCACCCAGGAUGGCACAUCAAUGCGAGCUGUGGCAAGAAGGUUUGCUGUGUCUGUCAGCGUAGUGUCCAGAGCAUGGAGGCGCUACCAGGAGACAGGCCAGUACAUCAGGAGACGUUGAGGAGGCCGUAGGAGGGCAACAACCCAGCAGCAGGACCGCUACCUCCGCCUUUGUGCAAGGAGGAGCAGGAGGAGCACUGCCAGAGCCCUGCAAAAUGACCUCCAGCAGGCCACAAAUGUGCAUGUGUCUGCGCAAACGGUCAGAAACAGACUCCAUGAGGGUGGUAUGAGGGCCCGACGUCCACAGGUGGGGGUUGUGCUUACAGCCCAACACCGUGCAGGACGUUUGGCAUUUGCCAGAGAACACCAAGAUUGGCAAAUUCGCCACUGGCGCCCUGUGCUCUUCACAGAUGAAAGCAGGUUCACACUGAGCACGUGACAGACGUGACAGAGUCUGGAGACGCCGUGGAGAAUGUUCUGCUGCCUGCAACAUCCUCCAGCAUGACCGGUUUGGCGGUGGGUCAGUCAUGGUGUGGGGUGGCAUUUCUUUGGGGGGCCGCACAGCCCUCCAUGUGCUCGCCAGAGGUAGCCUGACUGCCAUUAGGUACCGAGAUGAGAUCCUCAGACCCCUUGUGAGACCAUAUGCUGGUGCGGUUGGCCCUGGGUUCCUCCUAAUGCAAGACAAUGCUAGACCUCAUGUGGCUGGAGUGUGUCAGCAGUUCCUGCAAGAGGAAGGCAUUGAUGCUAUGGACUGGCCCGCUCGUUCCCCAGACCUGAAUCCAAUUGAGCACAUCUGGGACAUCAUGUCUCGCUCCAUCCACCAACGCCACGUUGCACCACAGACUGUCCAGGAGUUGGCGGAUGCUUUAGUCCAGGUCUGGGAGGAGAUCCCUCAGGAGACCAUCCGCCACCUCAUCAGGAGCAUGCCCAGGCGUUGUAGGGAGGUCAUACAGGCACGUGGAGGCCACACACACUACUGAGCCUCAUUUUGACUUGUUUUAAGGACAUUACAUCAAAGUUGGAUCAGCCUGUAGUGUAAUUUUCCACUUUAAUCUUGAGGGUGACUCCAAAUCCAGACCUCCAUGGGUUGAUAAAUUUGAUUUCCAUUGAUAAUUUUUGUGUGAUUUUGUUGUCAGCACAUUCAACUACAAUGGGGCAAAAAAGUAUUUAGUCAGCCACCAAUUGUGCAAGUUCUCCCACUUAAAAAGAUGAGAGAGGCCUGUAAUUUUCAUCAUAGGUACACGUCAACUAUGACAGACAAAAUGAGGAAAAAAAAUCCAGAAAAUAACAUUGUAGGAUUUUUAAUGAAUUUAUUUGCAAAUUAUGGUGGAAAAUAAGUAUUUGUUCAAUAACAAAAGUUUCUCAAUACUUUGUUAUAUACCAUUUGUUGGCAAUGACACAGGUCAAACGUUUUCUCUAAGUCUUCACAAGGUUUUCACACACUGUUGCUGGUAUUUUGGCCCAUUCCUCCAUGCAGAUCUCCUCUAGAGCAGUGAUGUUUUGGGGCUGUCGCUGGGCAACACAGACUUUCAACUCCCUCCAAAGAUUUUCUAUGGGGUUGAGAUCUGGAGACUGGCUAGGCCACUCCAGGACCUUGAAAUGCUUCUUACGAAGCCACUCCUUCGCUGCCCGGGCGGUGUGUUUGGGAUCAUUGUCAUGCUGAAAGACCCAGCCACGUUUCAUCUUCAAUGCCCUUGCUGAUGGAAGGAGGUUUUCACUCAAAAUCUCACGAUACAUGGCCCAUUCAUUAUUUCCUUUACACGGAUCAGUCGUCCUGGUCCCUUUGCAGAAAAACAGCCCCAAAGCAUGAUGCUUCCACCCCCAUGCUUCACAGUAGGUAUGGUGUUCUUUGGAUGCAACUCAGCAUUCUUUGUCCUCCAAACACGACGAGUUGAGAUUUUACCAAAAAGUUCUAUUUUGGUUUCAUCUGACCAUAUGACAUUCUCCCAAUCCUCUUCUGGAUCAUCCAAAUGCACUCUAGCAAACUUCAGACGGGCCUGGACAUGUACUGGCUUAAGCAGGGGGACACGUCUGGCACUGCAGGAUUUGAGUCCCUGGCGGCGUAGUGUGUUACUGAUGGUAGGCUUUGUUACUUUGGUCCCAGCUCUCUGCAGGUCAUUCACUAGGUCCCCCGUGUGGUUCUAGGAUUUUUGUUCACCGUUCUUGUGAUCAUUUUGACCCCACGGGGUGAGAUCUUGCGUGGAGCCCCAGAUCGAGGGAGAUUAUCAGUGGUCUUGUAUGUCUUCCAUUUCCUAAUAAUUGCUCCCACAGUUGAUUUCUUCAAACCAAGCUGCUUACCUAUUGCAGAUUCAGUCUUCCCAGCCUGGUGCAGGUCUACAAUUUUGUUUCUGGUGUCCUUUGACAGCUCUUUGGUCUUGGCCAUAGUGGAGUUUGGAGUGUGACUGUUUGAGGUUGUGGACAGGUGUCUUUUAUACUGAUAACAAGUUCAAACAGGUGCCCUUAAUACAGGUAACGAGUGGAGGACAGAGGAGCCUCUUAAAGAAGAAGUUACAGGUCUGUGAGAGCCAGAAAUCUUGCUUGUUUGUAGGUGACCAAAUACUUAUUUUCCACAAUAAUUUGCAAAUAAAUUCAUAAAAAAUCCUACAAUGUUAUUUUCUGGAUUUUUUUUUCUCAAUUUGUCUGUCAUAGUUGACGUGUAUCUAUGAUGAAAAUUACAGGCCUCUCUCAUCUUUUUAAGUGGGAGAACUUGCACAAUUGGUGGCUGACUAAAUACUUUUUUUCCCCCACUGUAUGUAAAGAAAAAAGUAUUUAAUAAGAUUAUUUCAUUCAUUCAGAUCUAGGAUGUGUUGUUUAAGUGUUCCCUUUAUUUUUUUGAGCAGUGUAUGUCUGGUCUCACCUCUACAGCAAAGCACACUGGGAAACUGAAGUACAUAUGACUGUGUGAUAAAUGUGUGUCUCACCUCCUCGUUCUCUAUCUUCAGGGUGGAGAGGCGUGACUGGAGCUGCUGCAGCCUAGAUGUGAGCUCUGCCUGCACCUGUGGCUGGGCGGCUAUCUGGGUCACCUGACAGGAAACAGGAACAACACACAGCAUGACCGGGCGCCUACCCGGUGUGUGUGUGUGUGUACUGUAUGUGUACAUCUGUCUGUGAGAGUGUGUGUGUGUGUGCAUGCGUGCUUGUGUGUUUUUGCACUUUUGCGCACUCACCGGGUCCCCCAUGUGGGGCUGGAAGCUGAAGCAUGGUGGGGGGCAGAAGGCGGUGGGGUAGAGGCCCAGCAGGCGCUGUCUGUCUCGGGCAGGAUCCAGGCCUUCCACGGCCCCCUCCAGUACCUCCAACCCUGUCCGCCUGGAGGCCUCCAGACUCAGCUCUGCAGACAGGUAGGUCUUCAACGCACGACUCAGACUGGAGUGGUACCCCAGGUCACAACACUGAGGGAGAGAGAGAUGAGAUGGUAAUGUGUUAGAGAAAGAAAGACACACAGCUUCUAACACUUUUUGCCAACACUUCUUAGGUAAUAGUGAAAUCUACUGAAUAGGCUUGUUUGUGUUAGUGUGUGUGUGUGUGUGUGUGUGUGUGUACUCACGUCUAUGAUAUCGGGCAGGUCGUGGAUGUAGUAUUUGAACACGGAGGAGUUGGUGGCCUCCAUCGUCAGCAGGUACUCGUUCCUGGCCUUCAGAGACUUCAGCUUGUUCUCAGAGUACUUAGCCUUCCUCUGGAGAGAGAGCGACAGAGAGAGAGAGAGAGACCAGAGGGAGGAGAGUGAGAGCAGAGAGAGCGAGAGAGAAGGAAGGUGGGGAGAAAGGAAAAGUUAGAGACUUUUUAGAGACUCUUAAAAAAUCUAAAUUAAUGCAGGAAAGGAGAGGGUGCAUGUCUGAGGUCUGUCCCUCAGGGGUCUCCGUACCUUCUCCCUCAUCUUCUCCAUCUUGCGGGCGGCGUUGCGUCUCUGGUGACGUUCCUCUAUACGCAUGCCGAAUAACGGCUCCACCCCCCCUCCAGGCCCCACCUGACGCUCGGCAUCCCUCAGCUUGGUCUCCGCGUUCAGCGUCUCCCCAUGGUACAUGUGGUAUGUCUUCAUCACCUAGCAACCACAGCCCACAAUGCAUCCAUCUGUCAACAACUCUGCCCAGGCAAAUCGUCUGGGUCGUGUUCAGAAGGCACUAAUGGACGGAAAUGUUUUGACAUGGAGAGCAGAAAGAAUGCUCCUCAUUGGACAAGUUCAGGUAGUACCUCAAUCAUUUGAAAGUGUUUUCUCCUGUUUCGUGCCUACUGAACAUGACCUUACUGCUGAUACCACAAUCACCUAUAGAAAUGCACCUGAUAAAUGUUGCCCACAAUUGGCAGAGUUGCACCCACCCUAAACCUCCCUUCCCCCUGUGAGGGUAGGAACAGACCUGUCCCCUCUCUAAGUUCUUGCUAGCUCAUGUGUUUAUUUAUUUACACCAGAAGCUUUUAAGGCUGCCAAGCCUUCACUUAACUAAACACUCCAAUCAGCAACUUUCCUUUGGAGCAUUUUGCUGAAAUUACAAGUAUUGGUAAAGCACAGAAAAAGUGACUCAUUCCUCAAAGUUCAUGUUGCAAUGUUUAAAAUGAAGUGUGGCAGUUGUUGAUGAUGUAUUGUUUAAGCACAGGAAAAGUGACAGUAAAAAAAGCUUGCAACUCCCUAAAGUUAUAUGUUUAAUGGACACUGUGUGUGGCAGUUAUUGAUGAUGUCACUUACGGUGUAGAGUUCAUUAAGGAGUUUCAUCAAGUCCUCCUGCAGCUGAAAGGUGAUCUCUUUACUCUGAGAGAGGAGGGAGGGGAGAGGAGGAGGAGAGCAGAGAGGAUAGACGAGAGGAGGUAUGGAGGAAGAGAGAGAGGAGGAGAGAGAUAUUUCAUCAACACAGAGUGGAGAAGGGAGGAGAACUCUGUAGGAUAUACAGUGGGGAGAACAAGUAUUUGAAACACUGCCGAUUUUGCAGGUUUUCCUACUUACAAUGCAUGUAGAGGUCUGUAAUUUUUAUCAUAGGUACACUUCAACUGUGAGAGAUGGAAUCUAAAACAAAAAUCCAGAAAAUCACAUUGUAUGAUUUUUAAGUAAUUCAUUUGCGUUUUAUUGCAUGACAUAAGUAUUUGAUCACCUACCAACCAGUAAGAAUUCCGGCUCUCACAGACCUGUUAGUUUUUCUUUAAGAAGCCCUCCUGUUCUCCACUCAUUACCUGUAUUAACUGCACCUGUUUGAACUCGUUACCUGUAUAAAAGACACCUGUCCACACACUCAAUCAAACAGACUCCAACCUCUCCACAAUGGCCAAGACCAGAGAGCUGUGUAAGGACAUCAGGGAUAAAAUUGUAGACCUGCACAAGGUUGGGAUGGGCUACAGGACAAUAGGCAAGCAGCUUGGUGAGAAGGCAACAACUGUUGGCGCAAUUAUAAGAAAAUGGAAGAAAUUCAAGAUGACGGUCAAUCACCCUCGGUCUGGGGCUCCAUGCAAGAUCUCACCUCGUGGGGCAUCAAUGAUCAUGAGGAAGGUGAGGGAUCAGCCCAGAACUACACGGCAGGACCUGGUCAAUGACCUGAAGAGAGCUGGGACCACAGUCUCAAAGAAAACCAUUAGUAACACACUACGCCGUCAUGGAUUAAAAUCCUGCAGCGCAUGCAAGGUCCCCCUGCUCAAGCCAGCGCAUGUCCAGGCCCGUCUGAAGUUUGCCAAUGACCAUCUGGAUGAUCCAGAGGAGGAAUGGGAGAAGGUCAUGUGGUCUGAUGAGACAAAAAUAGAGCUUUUUGGUCUAAACUCCACUCGCCGUGUUUGGAGGAAGAAGAAGGUGAGUACAACCCCAAGAACACCAUCCCAACCGUGAAGCAUGGAGGUGGAAACAUCAUUCUUUGGGGAUGCUUUUCUGCAAAGGGGACAGGACGACUGCACCGUAUUGAGGGGAGGAUGGAUGGGGCCAUGUAUCGCGAGAUCUUGGCCAACAACCUCCUUCCUUCAGUAAGAGCAUUGAAGAUGUGUCGAGGCUGGGUCUUCCAGCAUGACAACGACCAGAACACACAGCCAGGGCAACUAAGGAGUGGCUCCGUAAGAAGCAUCUCAAGGUCCUGGAGUGGCCUAGCCAGUCUCCAGACCUGAACCCAAUAGAAAAUCUUUGGAGGGAGCUGAAAGUCCAUAUUGCCCAGCGACAGCCCCGAAACCUGAAGGAUCUGGAGAAGGUCUGUAUGGAGGAGUGGGCCAAAAUCCCUGCUGCAGUGUGUGCAAACCUGGUCAAGACCUACAGGAAACGUAUGAUCUCUGUAAUUGCAAACAAAGGUUUCUGUACCAAAUAUUAAGUUCUGCUUUUCUGAUGUAUCAAAUACUUAUGUCAUGCAAUAAAAUGCAAAUGAAUUACUUAAAAAUCAUACAAUGUGAUUUUCUGGAUUUUUGUUUUAGAUUCCGUCUCUCACAGUUGAAGUGUACCUAUGAUACAAAUUACAGACCUCUUCAUGCUUUGUAAGUAGGAAAACCUGCAAAAUCGGCAGUGUAUCAAAUACUUGUUCUCCCCACUGUAGAAAUACACUGCAAAUGAGAAACGUUUCAUAAUCAGAUAAAGAAGGCAUAUGAAUAAAGCAAUCAAUCCAUGAACAGAUGAAUCCAUAAAUAAAAAAUAUAGUGGCAGGAGCCAGGCUGUAGCUCGUGUGUGUGUGUGUGUGUGUCUGAGUCCUUCUCAUGUAUUAAACAGCUCCUUCCAGUUUGGGAGUUUGAGUUAUAGUAUUCUGUACAGCAUUAAUAUUGCAUUAAGCCAAAUGACUCUGAAAUCCCAGAAUGGAUUAAUCCCAUUCCACUAGCCUUGAUGAAUCCCAUUCCACUAGCCUUCUCACUGUGAGGCGGACCAGCUGAGUCUGUCACCAUGGACACCAGGCUGUCAGAAACGCAGUGUUGUCAUGGUCACCAGCCGGUGUCAUCCUGGGCUCACUCACAGUGACUGACAAGUGUCAUCUGUGUGCUAGAGCUUAAUACAGGGGCGCAACUUUCACUGGGGACGGGUUUUUUAUUUUUAUUUUUUGUCCCCCCCAGUUUUAUCAUUGUAAUGUAAUACAAAACGAGGCAACAAUGUGCUUUAGGACCAUGCGGACGCCUCCGAGCGGUCGGGUAGGCUGUUUGGAGUGUUUAUCAGACUGGAAAAAAAUAUAAAAAUAAAUUGUCCCCACCACUUCUAAAACCAAAGUUGCGCCCCUGGCUUCAUAAGCAGUUAUAACACAGUUACUAAGACUCUAUGUCUAGGUGUACUGUAUGUAGCUACUAGCUAGCAGGUAUCUCAGCACUUUAGCUCUCAUUAAUAAAACAGGAGCCACAGAGAGAUGAAUAAUGAACAUGAUGAGCUAAACUCGGAAGAGGUUUGUGUGUGUGUGUUUAACUUGUUCUACAGUACUCGGAGGCAGGCUUCUUUGAACAUACACAGGGGGAAAUGUGUGCCGCUUCUGUACUUUUGAUUAAAACCCAUCAGGUUAACUCUUUGUGGCUCCUUUUAUAGCUCCCUCUCAAACCAAGAGGCUUCUCGGAAAAUACACAGGGGGAAAUAUAAGCCUUUACAUUUCAUUAGAAAACGUUAACUCUUCUAGUCCUCUUCUAGCUCCCUCUCAUACUAACAGAAUUGUCGUUAAAGCUAUAAAACCCUCUAUUCCCUUGGGAACAUCAUCUUUGAACUCUGACCCCUGAUGAUGUGACACGUGCAUGAGAAGAGGCUGUAAUUGGCUCACUCUUUUGAGCAGGCGGGCAGAGUCGUCGCUGAUGUGGGUGAGGCGGGUGAUGACGUUGUUCAGGUAGAGGUCACUGAGGGUGGCGUGGUCCUUACUCUCUCUCCUCACCUGAAGAGAGAGAUAGAUCAUGUGUUUACAUUGCCUAAACACAGUCAACUAUUUAAUGAAGAGAACCAACAUGUCAGCAAUAUGUGCCUUCAGGAUUGAGCACCCAUGCAAACAAACACAAACACAUUCAUUACCUGGUUCAGCAGCAGGUACCAGCAGUUAACUGGAGACAGCAAGUUCUGGUCCUUUCUGUAGGAGAGAGAAAGAUCGGGGAGGUUGUACUCAAAUCAACACAAACCUCCUGGUAUGGCAACUGCACCACCCGCAACCGCAAGGCUCUCCAGAGGGUGGUGCGGUCUGCACAAUACAUUACCUGGGGCAAACUACCCGCCCUCCAGGACACCUACAGCACCCGAUGUCACAGGAAGGCCAAAAAGAUAAUCAAGGACAUCAACCACCCGAGCCACUGCCUGUUCACCCCGCUAUCAUCCAGAAGGCGAGGUCAGUACAGGUGCAUCAAAGCUGGGACCGAGAGACUGAAAAACAGCUUCUAUCUCAAGGCCAUCAGACUGUUAAACAGCUAUCACUAGCACAUUAGAGGUUGCCGCCUAUAGACAUAGACUAGAAAUCACUGGGCACUUUAAGAAAUGGAACACUAGCCAAUUUAAUAAUGUUUACAGUGAGGGAAAAAAGUAUUUGAUCCCCUGCUGAUUUUGUACGUUUGCCCACUGACAAAGAAAUUAUCAGUCUAUAAUUUUAAUGGGAGGUUUAUUUGAACAGUGAGAGACAGAAUAACAACAAAAAAACGCAUGUCAAAAAUGUUAUAAAUUGAUUUGCAUUUUAAUGAGGGAAAUACGUUUUUGACCCCCUCUCAAUCAGAAAGAUUUCUGGCUCCCAGGUGUCUUUUAUACAGGUAACGAGCUGAGAUUAGGAGCACACUCUUAAAGGGAGUGCUCCUAAUCUCAGCUUGUUACCUGUAUAAAAGACACCUGUCCACAGAAGCAAUCAAUCAAUCAGAUUCCAAACUCUCCACCAUGGCCAAGACCAAAGAGCUCUCCAAGGAUGUCAGGGACAAGAUUGUAGACCUACACAAGGCUGAAAUGGGCUACAAGACCAUCGCCAAGCAGCUUGGUGAGAAGGUGACAACAGUUGGUGCGAUUAUUCGCAAAUGUAAGAAACAAAAAAUAACUGUCAAUCUCCCUCUGCCUGGGGCUCCAUGCAAGAUCUCACCUCGUGGAGUUGCAAUGAUCAUGAGAACGGUGAGGAAUCAGCCCAGAACUACACGGGAGGAUCUUGUCAAUGAUCUCAAGGCAGCUGGGACCAUAGUCACCAAGAAAACAUUUGGUAACACACUACGUCGUGAAGGACUGAAAUCCUGCAGCGCCCGCAAGGUCCCCCUGCUCAAGAAAGCACAUAUACAGGGCCGUCUGAAGUUUGCCAAUGAACAUCUGAAUGAUUCAGAGGAGAACUGGGUGAAAGUGUUGUGGUCAGAUGAGACCAAAAUGGAGCUCUUUGGCAUCAACUCAACUCGCCGUGUUUGGAAGAGGAGGAAUGCUGCCUAUGACCCCAAGAACACCAUCCCCACCGUCAAACAUGGAGGUGGAAACAUUAUGCUUUGGGGGUGUUUUUCUGCUAAGGGGACAGGACAACUUCACCGCAUGAAAGGGACGAUGGACGGGGCCAUGUACCAUCAAAUCUUGGGUGAGAACCUCCUUCCCUCAGCCAGGGCAUUGAAAAUGGGUCGUGGAUGGGUAUUCCAGCAUGAUAAUGACCCAAAACACACGGCCAAGGCAACAAAUGAGUGGCUCAAGAAGAAGCACAUUAAUGUCCUGGAGUGGCCUAGCCAGUCUCCAGACCUUAAACCCAUAGAAAAUCUGUGGAGGGAGCUGAAGGUUCGAGUUACCAAACGUCAGCCUCGAAACCUUAAUGACUUGGAGAAGAUCUGCAAAGAGGAGUGGAACAAAAUCCCUCCUGAGAUGUGUGAAAACCUGGUGGCCAACUACAAGAAACAUCUGACCUCUGUGAUUGCCAACAAGGGUUUUGCCACCAAGUACUAAGUCAUGUUUUGCUGAGGGGUCAAAUACUUAUUUCCCUCAUUAAAAUGCAAAUCAAUUUAUAACGUUUUUGACAUGCGUUUUUCUGGAUUUCUUUGUUGUUAUUCUGUCUCUCACUGUUCAAAUAAACCUACCAUUAAAAUUAUAGACUGAUCAUGUCUUUGUCAGUGGGCAAACGUACAAAAUCAGCAGGGGAUCAAAUACUUUUUCCCUCAAUGUAUGUAUAUAUUCUUAAUUAAUUCCUUACUUAGAUUUGUGUGUAUAUGUUGUGAAAUUGUUGGAUAUUACUUGUUAGAUAUUACUGCACUGUCGGAGCUAGAAGCACAAGCAUUUUGCUACACCCACAAUAACAUCUGCUAAACACGUGUAUGUGACCAAUAAAAUGUGAUUUGAUUUGUUUACGCUUAAACACAUGAGCUAUGCACACACACACACACACACACACACACACACACACACACACACACACACACACACACACACCAUCCUCUUACUUGUACUGCUGGUGGUCCUUGGUGCUGCGUGUCUUGGCCAUGAACCUCUCGGCUAGUUUCUCCAGGUUCCUGGAGUACUCCGUCUCGAUCUCAGCCUUCUUCCUGAAGAAGUCCUGCAGGUCCUGCAGCAGCUGCACCCUCAUCUCGGUCUGCUGUUCCAAACACCGCUGCUGCUCCACCAGGUGGGCACGCACAUCUACACACAGAUACACUCAUAAUCAGAGAUAUACUGUAUACACAUAUGAUACACAUAGGCACACACAAUCAGCGAUAUAUACACAUACGAUUAUAGAAAUACACACGACACACACACAAAUCAUCAGAGACAUACUGUGAACACAAUCAGACAUGUUUACACACUUCCCUGCACUGAUAUGGACACAGAAAUACAUGCACACACCCUAAACCAGACCUCUACAGACAAACACAAUCAUUCAGUUACACACACACACACCUCUAGUAACACACACUAACAGAUGCAGACAUAACACCUUUGCAGAGUACUGGCCCAUAUACUAAUGAAUUGUAUUCAUAGUGUUUUUCACCAGGUCUCAAAGCCCUUUACAGAUGAUGGGAACACCUCUCUCCAUCACCCACUAAUGUGUAGCUAGGCACCCACCUGGGUGAUGCACAUGGCAGCCAUUUUACAUUUUAGUCAUUUAGCAGACGCUCUUAUCCAGAGCGACUUACAGUUAGUGAGUGCAUACAUUUUUUUUCUUCAUAUUUUGCGUUAGAACACAUGCUCACUAGAUAUCCACUAUCACAGUGGGGAACGUGCAUGUCUCUGCACACUUACGUGCAAACACACACACAUACAAAAGAGAGAGAGAGAGAGCAUGCGUGACUGGAAAUCCGAUUCUUCAGGCUAAAGGCCAUGAUAUUAUUCUAUUGGGAUCUUUAUGAAGCAUAUCUGUGCAUAUGUGCGUAUAUGUAUAUGUUUGUGUGUGUGUCAAUGUCGAUGCGGCAGAUCUGAGCUCUGUCUUCACCUUCUUCGUCACAUGGUUCACACAGUGUGUGGUUGCCUAGACAACAGGUAGUGGAGUGGAGAGGAUCCCCUGGAGAUUGGUGUGUCUGCGUGUGCAUGUGUGUGUGAGAGAGACCGUGUGAUAGGGAGAGACCGAGAUAAGGAGAGAGAAAGAAAAUGAGGAAGGGAGAAAGGGAGAGAAAGAGAGAAAUAUAGAAUGUGUGUACAGUGAGGGAAAAAAGUAUUUGAUCCCCUGCUGAUUUUGUAUGUAUGCCCACUGACAAAGAAAUGAUCAGUCUAUAAUUUUAAUGGUAGGUUUAUUUGAACAGUGAGAGACAGAAUAACAACAACAAAAUCCAGAAAUACGCAUGUCAAAAAUGUUAUAAAUUGAUUUGCAUUUUAAUGAGGGAAAUAAGUAUUUGACCCCUCUGCAAAACAUGACUUAGUACUUGGUGGCAAAACCCUUGUUGGCAAUCACAGAGGUCAGACGUUUCUUGUAGUUGGCCACCAGGUUUGCACACAUCUCAGGAGGGAUUUUGUCCCACUCCUCUUUGCAGAUCUUCUCCAAGUCAUUAAGGUUUCGAGGCUGACGUUUGGCAACUCGAACCUUCAGCUCCCUCCACAGAUUUUCUAUGGGAUUAAGGUCUGGAGACUGGCUAGGCCACUCCAGGACCUUAAUGUGCUUCUUCUUGAGCCACUCCUUUGUUGCCUUGGCCGUGUGUUUUGGGUCAUUGUCAUGCUGGAAUACCCAUCCACGACCCAUUUUCAAUGCUCUGGCUGAGGGAAGGAGGUUCUCACCCAAGAUUUGAUGGUACAUGGCCCCGUCCAUCGUCCCUUUGAUGCUGUGAAGUUGUCCUGUCCCCUUAGCAGAAAAACACCCCCAAAGCAUAAUGUUUCCACCUCCAUGUUUGACGGUGGGGAUGGUGUUCUUGGGGUCACAGGCAGCAUUCCUCCUCCUCCAAACACGGCGAGUUGAGUUGAUGCCAUUUUAGUCUUAUCUGACCACAACACUUUCACCCAGUUCUCCUCUGAAUCAUUCAGAUGUUAAUUGGCAAACUUCAGACGGCACUGUAUAUGUGCUUUCUUGAGUAGGGGGACCUUGCGGGCGCUGCAGGAUAUCAGUCCUUCACGGCGUAGUGUGUUACCAAUUGUUUUCUUGGUGACUAUGGUCCCAGCUGCCUUGAGAUCAUUGACAAGAUCCUCCCGUGUAGUUCUGGGCUGAUUCCUCACCGUUCUCAUGAUCAUUGCAACUCCACGAGGUGAGAUCUUGCAUGAAGCCCCAGGCCGAGGGAGAUUGACAGUUAUUUUGUGUUUCUUACAUUUGCGAAUAAUCGCACCAACUGUUGUCACCUUCUCACCAAGCUGCUUGGCGAUGGUGGUCUUGUAGCCCAUUCCAGCCUUGUGUAGGUCUACAAUCUUGUCCCUGACAUCCUUGGAGAGCUCUUUGGUCUUGGCCAUGGUGGAGAGUUUGGAAUCUGAUUGAUUGAUUGCUUCUGUGGACAGGUGUCUUUUAUACAGGUAACAAGCUGAGAUUAGGAGCACUCCCUUUACGAAUGUGCUCCUAAUCUCAGCUCGUUACCUGUAUAAAAGACACCAGGGAGCCAGAAAUCUUUUUGAUUGAGAGGGAGUCAAAUACUUAUUUCCCUCAUUAAAAUGCAAAUAAAUUUAUAACAUUUUUGACAUGCGUUUUUCUGGAUUUGUUUGUUGUUAUUCUGUCUCUCACUGUUCAAAUAAACCACCCAUUAAAAUUAUAGACUGAUCAUUUCUUUGUCAGUGGGCAAACGUACAAAAUCAGCAGGGGAUCAAAUACUUUUUUCCCUCACUGUAUGUGUGAGAGAGAGGCGAGACGUGGGAGGGGUUAUCAUUGUGUUUUCUCUGCCAGUCCUCCUCUCCUUCCUGUGUCAGAUUGAUCCCUCACUCUGAAACAGCACAACCAUUGAAGUGUGCACUGCCAUUCUGACUGUGGGAUUGGUGUGUGUAUAUGUGUGUAUAUGUAAUGUGUGUGUUUGUGUGUGUGUGUGUCUGUAUAAUGGGUUUGUGUGUGUAUAAUGUGUGUGUUCUUUAAUGUUAUUGUGGCCAAAGGAUGCAGUCCAAGAUGACUCCUUAGAGACAGACGCGCUAUGAGAGGGAUGGAGAGAGGGAUUAAGAAAGGAAGGGAGAAAUGGAGGCGUAGAUACAGGGGAGGGGGAGAGAGACAGCGGGCCUGAGGACUGAGUGAGAUACACGACUUCUGUUAGAUGAUGUAGCAAUGUAGUAAAACCUUUCCCUUCUCUUGUUCUUCCAUCCAUGAUUUUGGUCUUGUUUGUUAUCUAAGAUUAGUGGAGGGUGUCUUUGAUAUGAAUGUAUGAUUGUGAAUAAUACAACUCCGCACAAGCCAAGAACAAUUCAUUUCACCAAUCUGACACUACAUGACCUUUCAUGGCUUAGACACCUGGAGUGUGUGUGAUGUCACAGCUAAACAGGAAGAGGAAGCUCAUCCUGGCCCGUUUCCAUGACAACCAGGUCCAAGGACACUAGGGCAGAACACUGCUGGAUGAUCAUAAAGGGACACACACACACGUAAGUGUUGGCAUUGGCCACCAAAUUCUUCUUCCUUCAGUCUCACAACCACACACUGUUGUGAGUGCUCUCUCUCCUUCUCCUUCUUUGCUUCCUCCCUCUCUUCCCUCUCUCCUUCCAUUCCCUUCGUUCUCUCCCUCCUUCCCUCCCAGGCAUGCAGAUGUGGGGUCAGUAAUCACACACAUGCAGACGCAGGCAAAAGCAGAGCUGCCUGCAGCAGAGUUCACUUUCACAGCCCCCCCCCCCCCCCCCCCCCCCCCCCCCCCCCCUCUCUCUCUCUCUCUUCCACUCUCCUUCCAUUCCCCUCUCCCUCUCUCUCUCUUCCUUUCUUUUGCAUUUAUCAUUCAGGCUUAUAUGAUCCAAGCCAUCACUUGACGUUAUCAAACAUAAAAAAUGUCCCAUAUUUUUGCACACAGAGCCAGCCAGCCACCCAGACAUUAGCAUUGUGGAAUACAUAGCAGAGGUCAGAAUACCUGGGUAUACCUGGGCUUCAGAUCAACCCUCUCACUGAUGACGACACGACACUCAACACUCUCACUGUGACAUCAUCACGUGAGUAGAACAGCCCCCCUCGUAAACACAGCUGCUCCUGACCAAUCACAGGCCGGAGAGGGAAGGCAGACUGCAAAUCCACAUAGCGACAAUUCAGAUGCAUAUAUGUACCGCCACUAAGACGGGAGAGAGCAGCAGCAAAGCGGUGCUGUAUCUUUAAGUUGUCAUUGUAAUGCAGGGCAUCCCCAAGUGUGUUUUGGCCAGCUGCCAGACUGGGAUGGGCACACACGCGCUCUCCGGUGCUCUCCAUUAAAUCGAAUCACUCAAAGUAAUUGUGUCGAUGUCAAUUCAGUGUGUGUGUGUGUGUGUGUGUGCCCAGGGAAGAGCCUGUGCAUUCAGAGUUCAUCAGUGACAGAAAGAGCACAGCAGGAGGGAGAGAGAGAAAGAGAUGAGAGUAAAGAAGCGAGGAGGAAAUUCUCUUCUAUGAACUCUUGAGUUCCACUCAGCAAUGUGUGUCUGUGCGCGUGGCUGAGCUGAUGAUGUAUUCCUGACCUUUCCUGAUCAGAAUGAACACACACACAAACACACCAUGCCAUUUCAGUCCAAAACUCCAACACCCGUCCCCAUUUUCUCCUUUCUCUUUGAUAUCAACCUGCAGGGACAUCAGGCUUUUUCACAACAAUGUGGAGCUCUUUCCUGUGAAAAGUGAAAGCCAUUUCCUUUUCUGAGAUAAGUGAUCAUGUGGGCAUGAAGGCACUGCAGGUGAUAAAGUGAGAAUGUGUUAUGUGCUCUGUGGUGCUGUGAGGGAGAGCAUGUGAGGGAGAGAGAGUGAGAGAAUAAGAGAGUUCAUCCCACACAGCCCUACAACAUGCCCAUGUAAUUAUGAUGGGUGUAGAGCCAUGUUCAGUGUAUCUGGCCUGGCAACCAUCUUGGUUGGAAUAUCCUACUGUUCUGUAUGCAGUCCUCAGUACAAUAAUAAUAAUAACAACAACAAUAAUAAUACAUUACAUUUAUAUAGCGCAUUUCAUAGAAUCUCAAAGUGCUUCAAGAGCAAAAAAUAAAUUAAAUAAAGCAAUAUAUGAUGGCAGGUCAACCAAUAGAGGCCAAGUCUUUGAAAGCUGCAUCCUACGAAGAUGGAGAGAGUCAGUUCAUGGGUGAGCGGAGAGAGCUGGUCAGAGGAUGGUAGAUGAUGGUGACGGAGUCUGCUGAUGAUCUUGUAGAGGGCGUCUUAUAGCCACUGGACUUCUCCUCCUCCACUCUGUGUAGCACAGUGUAAGAUGGUGAUGCCUCAGCAGCUCUGGGUGCCAGAACGCUCACCACACAAAGGAGCCAGCCAGGUCACCCGUGAUACAAGUCUGUAUUCAACAUCCAUCCAUGUCUGAGGAUGUAUUCAGUUCAGUGCUAGUGUAAAGUGUAAGAUGUGACAUUUAACAGAAUCAGUCUCGCGUGGAACACCUGUACAGUCAGUCAUACUGUACCAAGGAACAUAAUGGUGGGAAGGGGGGCAGUUCCAUAGUUACAGCACUAUGCUGGGGUCCGACGGUCACAGUAACCAUAACAAGCCUCUCUGCUCGGGGACAUCAGUGGGGUUGACAACACGAUGAAACCUACACCGUGUCCCACUCCCACCAUACGCAGAGUGCAGUGCUCAUUAUAUACAGUUCGUCACACACACACACCGGGGGGAGCCUGUUGCAGUCAAAGCCUCUGAGGUAAACCAAUACAUGUAAACCAACAGUGGAACAGAACCAACACAGACCGAGAGAGACAGACAGAGCUCCCAGCUAUGGCGAAUACCCACUACUACUCCACUCUACACACACUGACUGCAGUGUAGCCUACUACACCCUCACUUCCACAUGGCUGAGAAUGAUCAAGGGCUCUGCAGAAUCCCCCCCUCCCUCUCUCCUCAUCCUCUCCCCCUCAGGCACCUUGCAGCACUCAGGAUGAACCCAGAAAUACUGACGUCUCAUAGUGAGGUGUCAUCCCCACUACACAUCCAUUCUCCAAACAAGCCUUGUGUGAGAGGCGAUAGAAUCAGACAUAACAUAGGCAGGUGUAGUAUAUAUGGACAGGUGUGUGUGUGUGUGUGUAUAUAUGAAUGUGCCUGUGAGAGAGGGGGGUGUAUAAACAUGAGGGUGUGUGGGUGGGUGUGUAUGAGGGGUGUAUAUGUGUGCGUACAUAUUGAGGUGUGCAUGUGCGUGUGACUGUGUGAUGCGUUAGUGAUAAAACAAAAAAAAACAUACCUUUCACCUGGCUCUCAUACUCUGCAAUUAUCUCUUUAUCCUUCUUGCUCCUGACCAGGUUCGACAUGUCGGCGCACUAACAAUGGUCAAUCAGAUAAUGGUCCAAACCUUGAUUAUUCCGCUCUGCAGCGCGUCUACAAUGUCCGAGGCGCUAUCGCAAACCACAGGUUACAUACUAGGGAAUAUAUCCACUCACUGCCGCAACAGAAUGUAUUAUUCCUCAUCAAGGGAUGGCGGAUAAAACGCUCAAUCAUCCAGAAUCACCCUCUCCAUAGAGCCGCCAGUGACCGCCUGAGCCAUGCUAAGGUCGGGUUCUCCGUGAGCUGUCAACUGGGAGGCAGGUAGUUACAACUUUCCAUUAGCGAGUCAAUGAGCGCGGGAGAGGCAGCGGCAGUAGCCUACACACACUGGGCUGCGGUAAGAGAGGGGUGCACGCACACUAGGUAAUCCAGAGGAACACGCCCACUGGUCAGACGCGCCCCUGGUCUCUCUCGUUCGUCGGAGUUUCUCCUGUACAAGUCUCUCCCGGGGUGUUUGCGUGAGUGAGUGUGCGUACUAUGUACAAUAUGCGUCUGUGAUCUAACCCUGCAGUAACUUAACCUUCCACACAAACUAUGGGCUACGCUACUCCGCUCCAGCCUGCUGCUCAAUGCCAUGGGAAAGGGUGGGACUGGGGGGUGGGUACCCAGAGAUGAUUGACAGUUAGGCCUACGGUGACCACUUAAGCCUUGUUUACAUUGGCAGUUUGAAGUGACUCCAUUCUUUUUUGGGGGACUGUUAUUUGGCAUAUCUAGCUACUCUGUUGACAGUUUGACAAGAGCAUGUGAUAGCUAACUAGCUUGUUAAUUGUUUACAAACAAAAUAGUGAAUGUGCUAAAGCUAAACAGCUACUUAGCUAGCUAGUUCACUGCUGUGGCUAGCCAAAAAGGACUUGUUUUGAAAGUAGGAUCAUCUUAUCCUUUGAGGCUUCAAAAGUGUUCUUACACUAUGAUUUUGAUCAUUCAAAGCAAUAGGAAACAACCAUGGCUGGCAUUGUUGUCACCUUAGCUUGUUACAUAUUUUCUGCAUGAUAGGAAGAAGGAGAACCACCACCAAUCAGCCAACACCACUGCGCACACACCAGUAGUGACAACUAGCGUAGCCAAUUCAGCAAAUGACUGCUGUUUGAACACACAAAUCCGAUUUGGUCACUUGUACAUUUCUGUUUGGACAGUCAGUAUUCCAAAAUGGAUUGGAAAAACAAAACUGAUUUGAGCAUUAAGGCCUGCAUUGUGAACAAGGCUUUAUUAUGCUUCGUGGCUCGGUCAUAAUAAAGUGCGUCGGAUAGGACCCGUGUCCAAUUAGGAUUUAUGACUAAUAGGUAAUUUAUUAAAAUCCUAAUUAGGUAAUUUGUGAGAUUAAUUCAGAGGUGCGUGCCUGCAGGUAGCCUAAAAUAACUUAUUUUCUACAGUAGAGAGGAGACACAUUUCAACUCGUUGAGGUAAGUGCUAAUAGAGAAAGACUGGAUGUAGUUGAAAGGGGCUCUAGAGGCUUGUAUGAAAGAGUGAAAAUGACAGGCCAUAAUUACAGCGUUUACACAGGCAGCCCAAUUCUGAUCUUUUGCCCAAUUAUUGGCAAAAUAUCUGAUUGGCCAAAAGACCAAUUAGUGGCAAAAGAUCAGAAUUGGGCUGCGUGUAAAUGCAGCCAAUGUUGCUUAUUGAAUUCUUAUUCUGAGGACACAGUAUUGGAUUUCACUCUAGCCAAGCAUUAAUUAGAAAGGCAACCAAUUAACUGAAAUCUACCAAGAAUUAUCCUAUGGAAUAUUGUCAUAAAUAUAGUUAGUUAUAUCUGGAGUACCUCAAAUAGGCCUAGUUGGCCAUUUAACUUACCCUGUGUUCAUAACCAAGUUGGAAGGUGGUAUUUACCAGUUGUGAAGCCGUAAAUACCAUUUGGAUGCAUUCACAUGCAAUUUACCCCUGCCUACAUGUACAACGUCUUCAGAAAGUAUUCACGCCCCUUGACCUAGGAACAUAGGCUAUGGUGCCGGAGAAGAUGGCUGCCGUUUUACAGCCCUCUAACCAAUUGUACUAUUAUGUGUGUUUUUUCGCGUUAUUUGUAAUUUAUUCUGUACAUAAUGUUUCUGCCAUUGUCUCUUAUAACCAAAAAGAGCUUCUGGAUAUCAGGACAGCGAUUACUCACCUCGUAUUGGCCAAAGAUUUUUUCUUCAACGAGGCGGCCGCAAAGGAUAUCCUACAGACACCCGACAAGGCCCAAAUCCCCGUCAUUCGCAGGAGAAAGAGACAGAAAUAUCGUGGACGUAGGUCGGGGUGCCUCGUAAGGAUCCGACGGCGAGCAGUAAACUGCCUCUUCCAUCAAUCCUAUUAGCCAAUCUUCAAUCAUUGGAAAAUCAAUUAGAUGACCUACGAUUACGCUUAUCCUACCAACGGGACAUAAAAAACUGUAAUAUCUUAUGUUUCACCGAGUCGUGGCUGAACGACGACAUGGAGAGCAUACAGCUAGCGGGCUAUACGCUACAUCGGCAGGAUAGAACGACUGACUCCGGUAAGACAAGGAAGGGGUGGCGGUCUGUGUAUAUUUGUAAACAACAGCUGGUGCACAAAAUCUAAUACUAAGGAAGUCUCAAGGUUUUGCUCGGCUGAGGUAGAGUACCUUAUGAUAAGCUGUAGACCACACUAUUUACCAAAAGAGUUUUCAACUGUAUUUUUCAUAGCUGUCUAUUUACCACCACAAACCAAUGCUGGCAUUAAGAUUGCACUCAAUGAGCUGUAUAAGGCCAUAACUAAACAGGAAAACGCUCAUCCAGAGUCAGCGCUCCUAGUGGCCGGGGACUUUAAUGCAGGGAAACUUAAAUCCGUUCUACCUCAUUUCUACCAGCAUGUUAAAUGUGCAACCAGAGGAAAAAAACUCUUGACCACCUUUACUCCACACACAGAGACGCAUACAAAGCUCUCCCUCGUCCUCCAUUUGGCAAAUCUGACCAUAACUCUAUCCUCCUGAUUCCUGCUUAUAAGCAAAAACUAAAGCAGGAAGCACCAGUGACUCGGUUAAUAAAAAAGUGGUCAGAUGACGCAGAUGCUAAGUUACAGGACUGUUUUGCUAGCACAGACUGGAACAUGUUCCGGGAUUCUUCAGAUAGCAUUGAGGAGUACACCACAUCAGUCACUGGCUUCAUCAAUAAGUGCAUCGAUGACGUUGUCCCCACAGUGACCGUACGUACAUACCCCAAGCAGAAGCCAUGGAUUACAGGCAUCAUCCGCACUGAGCUAAAGGGUAGAGCUGCCGCUUUCGGGACUCUAACCCGGACGCUUAUAAGAAAUCCCACUAUGCCCUCCGACGAACCAUCAAACAGGCAAAGAGUCAAUACAGGACUAAGAUUGAAUCGUACUACACCGGCUCUAAUGUUCGUCGGAUGUGGCAGGGCUUGAAAACUAUUACAGACUACAAAGGGAAGCACAGCCGCGAGCUGCCCAGUGACACAAGCCUACCAGACGAGCUAAAUCACUUCUAUGCUCACUUCAAGGGACGUGUACUCCGAGCAUGUGCUGACCAACUGGCAAGUGUCUUCACCGACAUUUUCAACAUGUCCCUGACUGAGUCUGUAAUACCAACAUGUUUCAAGCAGACCACCAUAGUCCCCGUGCCCAAGGACACUAAGAUAACCUGCCUAAAUGACUACUGACCCGUAGCACUCACGUAUAUAGCCAUGAAGUGCUUUGAAAGGCUGGUCAUGGCUCACAUCAACACCAUUAUCCCAGAAACCCUAGACCCACUCUAAUUUGCAUACCGCCCCAACAGAUCCACAGAUGAUGCAAUCUCUAUUGCACUCCACACUGCCCUUUCCCACCUGGACAAGAGGAACACCUACGUGAGAAUGCUAUUCAUUGACUACAGCUCAGCGUUCAACACCAUUGUGCCCUCAAAGCUCAUCAAUAAGCUAAGGAUCCUGGGACUAAACACCUCCCUCUGCAACUGGAUCCUGGACUUCCUGACGGGCCGCCCCCAGGUGGUAAGGGUAGGUAACAACACAUCUGCCACGCUGAUCCUCAACACGGGGGCCCCUCAGGGGUGCGUGCCCAGUCCCCUCCUGUACUCACUGUUCACCCAUGACUGCAUGGCCAGGCACGACUCCAACACCAUCAUUAAGUUUGCCGACGACACAACAGUGGUAGGCCUGAUCACCGACAACGAUGAGACAGGCUAUAGGGAGGAGGUCAGAGACCUGGCCGUGUGGUGCCAGGAUAACAACCUCUCCCUCAACGUGACCAAGACAAAGGAGAUGAUUGUGGACUACAGGAAAAAAAAGAGGACUGAGCACGCCCCCAUUCUCAUCGACGGUGCUGUAGUGGAACAGGUUGAGAGCUUCAAGUUCCUUGGUGUCCACAUCACCAACGAACUAUCAUGGUCCAAACACACCACCAAGACAGUCAUGAAGAGGGCACGACAAAGCCUAUUCCCCCUCAGGAGACUGAAAAGAUUUGGCAUGGGUCCUCAGAUCCUCAAAAAGUUCUACAGCUGCACCAUCGAAAGCAUCCUGACUGGUUGCAUCACCGCCUGGUAUGGCAACUGCUCGGCCUCCGACCGCAAGGCACUACAGAGGGUAGUGCGUACGGCCCAGUACAUCACUGGGGCCAAGCUUCCUGCCAUCCAGGACCUCUAUACCAGGCGGUGUCAGAGGAAGGCCCUCAAAAUUGUCAAAGACUCCAGCCACCCUAGUCAUAGACUGUUCUCACUGCUACCGCACGGCAAGCGGUACCGGAGCGCCAAGUCUAGGUCCAAAAGGCUUCUCAACAGCUUCUACCCCCAAGCCAUAAGACUCCUGAACAGCUAAUCAUGGCUACCCGGACUAUUUGCACCCCCACCCCAUCUUUUUACGCUGCUGCUACUCUGUUAAUUAUUUAUGCAUAGUCACUUUAACUCUACCCACAUGUACAUAUUACCUCAACUACCUCAACUAGCCGGUGCCCCCGCACAUUGACUCUGCACCGGUACCCCCCUGUAUAUAGCCUCCCUACUGUUAUUUUAUUUUACUUCUGCUCUUUUUUUCUCAACACUUUUUUGUUGUUGUUGUUUUAUUUGACUUUUUUAUUAAGAAAUAAAUGCAUUGUUGGUUAAGGGCUGUAAGUAAGCAUUUCACGGUAAUGUCUACACCUGUUGUAUUCGGCGCAUGUGGCAAAUAAAAUGUGAUUCUAUUUGAUUUACUUUUCUCUAUUUUCCUAGCCCUUGACUUUUUCCACAUUGUUGUUACAGCCUGAAUUUCAAAUGGAUUAAAUUCAGAUUUUGUGUCACUGGCCUAAACACAAUACCUCCUAAUGUCAAAGUGGAAUUAUGUUUUUAGAAAUUUCUACAAAUUAAUAAAAAAUGAAAAGCUGAAAUGUCUUGAGUCAAAAAGUAUUGAGCUAGGCUGAAAGCCUAAAUAAGUUCAGGAGUAAAAAUGUGCUUAACAAGUCACAUAAUAAGUUGCAUGGACUCACUAUGUGUGCAAUAAUAGUGUUUAACAUGAUUUUUGAAUGACUACCUUAUCUCUGUACCCCACAUAUACAAUUAUCUGUAAGCUCCCUCUGGUGAGCAGUGAAUUUCAAACACCGAUUCAACCACAAAGACCAGGGAGGUUUUCCAAUGUCUUGCAAAGAAGGGCGCCUAUUGGUAGAUGGGUAAAAAAAAAAGCAGACAUUGAAUAUCCAUUUGAACAUGGUGAAGUUAUUAAUUUCACUUUGGAUGGUGUGUCAAUACACCCAGUCACUACAAAGAUACAUGCGUCCUUCCUAACCCAGAGAGGAAGGAAAACGCUCAGGAAUUUCACCAUGAGGCCAAUGGUGACUUUAAAACAGUUAGAGUUUAAUGGCUGUGAUAGGAGAAAUCUGAGGAUGGAUCAACAACACUGUAGUUACUCCACAAUACCAACCUAAAUGACAGAGUGAAAAGAAGGAAGUCUGUACAGAAUCUGUAGCUCAGCUGGUAGAGCACGGCGCUUGUAACGCCAGGGUAGUGGGUUCGGUCCCCGGGACCACCCAUACACAAAAAUGUAUGCACGCAUGACUGUAAGUCGCUUUGGAUAAAAGCGUCUGCUAAAUGGCAUAUUAUAUUAUAAUAAAAAUAUUCCAAAACACGCAUCCUGUUUGCAAUAAGGCACUAAAGUAAAACUGCAAAACAUGUGGUAAAGAAAUUAACUUUAUGUCCUUAAUACAAAGCGUUAAGUUUGCGGCAAAUUACAUUUACCCAGAAAGACUCACAGCUGUAAUCGCUGCCAAAGGUGAUUCUAACAUGUAUUGACUCAGGGGUGUGAAUACUUACAGUACCAGUCAAAAGUUUGGACACACCUACUCAUUCAAGGGUUUUUCUUUAUUUUUACUAUUUUCUACAUUGUAGAAUAAUAGUGAAGACAUCAAAAGUAUGAAAUAACACAUCUGGAAUCAUGUAGUAACCAAAAAGUGUUAAACAAAUCAAAAUGUAUUUUGUAUUUGAGAUUCUUCACCCUUUGCCUUGAUGACAGCUUUGCACACUCUUGGCAUUCUCUCAACCAGCUUCAUGAGGUAGUCACCUGGAAUGCAUUUCAAUUAACAGGUGUGCCUUCUUAAAAGUUAAUUUGUGGAAUUUCUUUCCUUCUUAAUGCGUUUUAGCCAAUCAGUUGUGUUGUGACAAGGUAGGGGGGUAUACAGUUGAUAGCCCUAUUUGGUAAAAUACCAAGUCCAUAUUAUGGCAAGAACAGCUCAAAUAAGCAAAGAGAAAUGACAGUCCAUCAUUACUUUAAGACAUGAAGGUCAGUCAAUACGGAACAUUUCAAGAACUUUGAAAGUUUCUUCAAGUGCAGUCGCAAAAACCAUCAAGCGCUAUGAUGAAACUGGCUCUCAUGAGGACUGCCACAGGAAUGGAAGACCCAGAGUUACCUCUGCUGCAGAGGAUAAGUUCAUUAGAGUUACCAGCCUCAGAAAUUGCAGCCCAAAUAAAUGCUUUACAGAGUUCAAGUAACAGACACAUCUCAACAUCAACUGUUCAGAGGAGACUGUGUGAAUCAGGCCUUCAUGGUCGAAUUGCUGCAAAGAAACCACUACUAAAGGACACAAAUAAUAAGAAGAGACUUGCUUGGGCCAAGAAACACGAACAAUGGACAUUAGACAUGUGGAAAUUUGUCCUUUGGUCUUUGGUUCCAACCGCCGUGUCUUUGUGAGACGCGGUGUGGGUGAACGGAUGAUCUCCGCAUGUGUAUUUCCCACCGUAAAGCAUGGAGGAGGUGUUAUGGUUUGGGGGUGCUUUGCUGGUGACACUGUCUGUGAUUUAUUUAGUAUUCAAGGCACACUUAACCAGCAUGGCUACCACAGCAUUCUGCAGCGAUACGCCAUCCCAUCUGGUUUGGGCUUAGUGGGACUAUCAUUUGUUUUUCAAUAGGACAAUGACCCAACACACCUCCAGGCUGUGUAAGGGCUAUUUUACCAAGAAGGAGAGUGAUGGAGUGCUGCAUCAGAUGACCUGGCCUCCACAAUCCCCCGACCUCAACCCAAUUGAGAUGGUUUGAGAUGAGUCGGACCGCAGAGUAAAGGAAAAGCAGCCAACAAGUGCUCAGCAUAUGUGGGAACUCCUUCAAGUCUGUUGGAAAAGCAUUCCAGGUGAAGCUGGUUGAGAGAAUGCCAAGAGUGUGCAAAGCUGUCAUCAAGGCAAAGGGUGGCUAUUUGAAGAAUGAGUGUGUUCUAAAACUUUUGACCAGUAGUGUGUAUAUAUACUGAGAUCAUGUGACAGAUCAUGUGACACUUAGAUUGCACACAGGUGGACUUUAUUUAACUAAUUAUGUGACUUCUGAAGGUAAUUGGUUGCACCAGAUCUUAUUUAGGGGCCUCAUAGCAAAGGGGGGUGAAUACAUAUGCACGCACCACUUUUCCGUCAUUUAUGUUUUAGAAUUUUUUGAAAUAAGUAAUUUUUUUCAUUUCACUUCACCAAUUUGGACUAUUUUGUGUAUGUCCAUUACAUGAAAUCCAAAUAAAAAUCCAUUUAAAUUACAGGUUGUAAUGCAACAAAAUAGGAAAAACACCAAGGGGGAUGAAUACCUUUGCAAGGCACUGUAUGUGUGUAUUUUUAAUAUUUUUUGUUUUGCAUGUUCUUUUUUGCAUUAAUACAUUUUAGUCAUUUAGCAGACACUCUUAUCCAGAGCGACUUACAGUUAGUGAGUGCAUACAUUUUUCAUACUGGCCCCCCAUGGGAAUCGAACCCACAACCCUGGCGUUGCAAGUGCCAUGCUCUACCAACUGAGCUACAGGAGGCUGUCACAUAUCAGUUUGCAAACAAUGUAAAAAACUACAUUUACUUAAUAAAGCCUUAUACAAACAUGGUCUCUUUUUUUGCUUUCUUGACUAAGGCAGCUCCAAAAUGCAGGUGUUUCAGCCUAGCUGUGCUUUCUUUGGUGGUGGGGCAGCCAGCGGAAAAUACAGAGUGUAGGGGUUAAUAAUGUUCUCUAGUUGUGCCGUGAUUGGCUCAGUGUUCUGUCACUCAUUGGGACACUACGUCACUGCAAAAUCUACAGGGAGAUCACGAAAAUCCAAGCCCCUUGGGUGCUGUCAUAGAUUUACAUUAGAAGUGCCCAUCUAAGAAGGCUCAAGGUUAUUAGCCACAGAUAAUAUUACAUCAAAUCCCGUUAUAUAUACCGUAGCUUUGAUUGGACUGAUGUCAAUGUCAUACUUUCAAAAUUUUAGCUAGACAAGCAGUCAUCAUCAUGAAUCAAGUCGAGAAUCUACUGGCAAAUCCUUGUCAAUCCAGCAUGACUUCUGCCGCUUUCAAAACUACUGGAAACUCAGAACUGAGAAAUCUCAGACUUCAAUGAGUUCAACACAACUGGGAACUUGAAAAAAAACGAGCUCCGACUGGGAAAAUACAUUUUGAACAGUCAUCCAACUCGGAAUUCCAACUCGGAAACUCUGGCCUCUUUCUAGAGCUCUGACUUGAAGAUCACUGACGUCAUGAUUCAACCUUGUUUUUUUCAGAGUUCCCAGUUGUCUUGAAAGCACCAUAAAUCCAGAGAAUGCCAGACUUUGAUGACAAAGUUACAUGACAAAAUUUGCCCACAAGAAGGACCGUCACAGCACCGUCCUGUUCAAGUGAGCACUGCACAACAAGGUGAGUCCAAAAAUGUCUUGCAUGCUGCUGCAUAAAUGAUGUAAUAUGCCAGGGAGAUAUACUGUAGCUAAGAAAGUAAUACUAAGUGUAUGUGCCUCACCCUAAUCAUUUGGUCCCUUUCCCCCUCAUACAGUUGAAGUAGGAAGUUUACAUACACCUUAGCCAAAUACAUUUAAACUCAGUUUUUCACAAUUCCUGACAUUUAAUCCGAGUAAAAAUUCCCUGUCUUAGGUCAGUUAGGAUCACCACUUUAUUUUAAGAAUGUGAAAUGUCAGAAUAAUAGUAGAGAGAAUGAUUCAUUUCAGCUUUUAUUUCUUUCAUCACAUUCCCAGUGGGUCAGAAAUUUACAUACACUCAAUUAGUAUUUGGUAGCAUUGCCUUUAAAUUGUUUAACUUGGGUCAAACGUUUCGGGUAGCCUUCCACAAGCUUCCCACAAUAAGUUAGGUGAAUUUUGGCCCAUUCCUCCUGACAGAGCUGGUGUAACUGAGUCAGGUUUGUAGGCCUCCUUGCUCGCACAUGCUUUUUCAGUUCUGUCCACAAAUUUUCUAUAGGAUUGAGGUCAGGGCUUUGUGAUGGCCACUCCAAUACCUUGACUUUGUUGUCCUUAAGCCAUUUUGCCACAACUUUGGAAGUAUGCUUGGGGUCAUUGUCCAUUUGCAAGACCCAUUUGCGACCAAGCUUUAACUUCCUGACUGAUGUCUUGAGAUGUUGCUUCAAUAUAUCCACAUCAUUUUCCUUCCUCAUGAUGCCAUCUAUUUUGUGAAGUGCACCAGUCCCUCCUGAAGCAAAGCACCCCCACAGCAUGAUGCUGCCACCCCCGUGCUUCAUGGUUGGGAUGGUGUUCUUGGGCUUGCAAGGACCCCCUUUUUCCUCCAAACAUAACGAUGGUCAUUAUGGCCAAACAGUUCUAUUUGUGUUUCAUCAGACCAGAGGACAUUUCUCCAAAAAGUAUGAUCUUUGUCCCAAUGUGCAGUUGCAAACCGUAGUCUGGCUUUUUUAUGGCGGUUUUGGAGCAGUGGCUUCUUCCUUGCUGAGCGGCCUUUCAGGUUAUGUCGAUAUAGGACUUGUUUUACUGUGGAUAUAGAUACUUUUGUACCUGUUUCCUCCAGCAUCUUCACAGGGUCCUUUGCUGUUGUUCUGGGAUUGAUUUGCACUUUUCGCACCAAAGUACGUUAAUCUCUAGGAGACCGAACGCGUCUGCUUCCUGAGCGGUAUGACAGCUGCGUGGUCCCAUGGUGUUUAUACUUGCGUACUAUUGUUUGUACAGAUGAACGUGGUAUCUUCAGGCGUUUGGAAAUUGCUCCCAAGGAUGAACCAGACAUGUGGAGGUCUACAAUUUUUUUUCUGAGGUCUUGGCUGAUUUCUUUUGAUUUUCCCAUGAUGUCAAGCAAAGUGACACUGAGUUUGAAGGUAGGCCUUGAAAUAAAUCCACAGGUACAUCUCCAAUUGAGUCAAAUGUUGUCAAUUAGCCUAUCAGAAGCUUCUAAAGCCAUGACAUAAUUUUCUGGAAUUUUCCAAGCUGUUUAAAGGCACAGUCAACAUAGUGUAUGUAAACUUCUGACCCACUGGAAUUGCGAUACAGUGAAUUAUAAGUGAAAUAAUCUGUCUGUGAACAUUUGUUGGAAAAAUUACUUGUGUCAUGCACAAAGUGGAUGUCCUAUCCGACUUGCCAAAACUAUAGUUUGUUAACAAGAAAUUUGUGGAGUGGUUGAAAAAUGAGUUUUAAUGAAUCCAGCCUAAGUGUAUGUAAACUUCCGACUUCAACUGUAACUUAGCCUACUGUUCUGACUUGGUGGUGCACAUGUAGCCUAUAGUCAGUUUUAGAGAAAUGUCAUUAUCAAAUAUUGUAAGAGCUUUCAUUGUCUGCUUAUAUGCCCCCUUUAUUUAUCCUACGAUUCUGACUUUGUGUACAGGGAGAAUACUGUAAGAAUGGCCCAUGUUCUGAAUUCUGUCGCUGUACAUUUCAAAAGUGCUGAACAAAUAGUAUAUUGACUAAGUCCGUCUUAGCUCGCUCAUUAAUGUUUUCAUCGAAACUACGGAUUGCCUCUUAUCCGCUCAUCGUUCUCUUAUGCCAUAGUUUGUACAUCUCAAUUGUCAGUAGAAACCACAUUUGUUUAAGCAAGUCAACCAUAUCAGCUAUGUUUUUUUUUUUAAAGGCAGUAAAUGAGGCUGAAUGAAUGAACUGUUUCGCUGCCAGACAAGGCUCCGCUGAUAGCCAGGUGAUAAGGAUUCACUCCAUGGUGCUGAAAAGAAAGCUCUGCUGUUGGGACAGCUUUAUGUAGACCCUAACAGUUUGUGGGCACCGUUUGUCACCGUUAUAGUGCAAUUAAUGUAUUGUGUAGUGUUGUGUAGUGGCUUUGCUGCCAUGCAUAAAACAUUUUUGUUUUGAGUUUGCCCCACCAAGAUUUACAUGCUAAAAUCGCAACUGCCUCCAGGACCUGCUCAUUCCACUGUGUGUUGAUGCAUACUGAUGCAUACAGAACAGGGCGGCAGGUAGCUUAGUGGUUAAGAGCAUAGUGCCAGUAACCGAAAGGUCGCUGGUUCUAAUCCCCGAGCCGACUAGGUGAAAAAUCUGUCGAUGUGCCCUUGAGCAAGGCACUUAACCCUAAUUGCUCCUGUAAGUCGCUCUGGAUAAGAGCGUCUGCUAAAUGACCAAAAAAUGAAAAAAAAAAAAAAAAAAAGAACCCUCUUCAGGAUGCAGUCUUGCAUAUGGCCCUGCUGCCUGCUGCCACCAGAUGGCAGUAGAGUCCUGCUAGUUACUCCAUUCAUACGUCCUCAUGACGAGCUCUUUAUAGAAUAUAAUAGUUUUUUUUAUAUAUAGAGAAUAGAAUACAUGGUUUGGUGGUAGAGAUAAUGAAUAUGAGGUUGGAAAGUUUUAGAAUUACCCUUUAAAUAAUAUGUCAGAACUCCACUGGAAGGCAUGGUGUUGUAUUGGCACUAGUGGUCUCCCAUAUCAAGCUUGAUAAGUUAGGGAUAGAGGAUAUGAUACUGUAGGAGGGGUAUACAUGAUCAGGUUCAAAGCCCUUCAGACUCGUCAUGCUACUGGGCUGGAAUAAAAGCCUGCACCCUCACAGGCCCUUUACGGAUAGAGAACAAUCAUAUUGGGCCUGGUUGAGAGGUUAAGAGCAUAUGCUCAUCUGCAGGAAUCAGUUCAUAGUCAGUCAUAUAGGCUAUGAGUAAUAUAGCUGUAUGCUGUUACCAUGGUGUUCAUGCAAACAAACCCGCACUGAUGACAUCGGCGGACAUCUCAUCCAAUCAGAGAGUCUCUGCUUCUCACUCACUAUAAUUUAUUUACAUGAAUUGGAUUACCUCAUGGAGCAAAAAUGUAUUUAAUUUAAUAAGAGCAUUUUCAAAAUUCUUACGUUCCACCUGUAACUAUCGAUGGGAGAUGAAGACACCGGUAACUUCCAGGUUGAGAGGAAGUAAUGUUAUCGCCAGGUUAGUUGAAAAAUUGCUGCCCAGGCUUUAUGCUAGCUAAGCUGUAGGGGAGAGUGGGGUAAGUUGAGCCAAAGCGUUCGUCGAACCACCCCUUGUUUCGAGGAAACUAUACACAAAAUUAAUUAUGUGACCAAAUAUUUAGGAAGAGGUCAUCAUUUCAUGGAGUCUGAAGGAAGAAACCACAUGGAAAAAGUGGUAACCAGUUUUGGGAAAGCUACUCUGAAAAUAUAGUACCAAGCAGUGGCGGCUCCUGAAAAAAUUCUCAGGAGGGGCAAUUUUUCUGAUGAUUUAGGUGACCUACACACAUUUAAAAAAAGAUAUGUCCAGCAACAACAUGAAGACAGGGGCAGCAUAUAAGUCAAUACCAGAAGCAUUUAUUGACUGAUCUCAAAAGUGUUGGCUUACCAGGGUUGGUGGAGCCCUCAGUUUCAUCUUUGCCUCGCAAAGCUAACUCAAACACUCCGCAAAACUUCACACACUGGAUUAGCCGGCUGAGGAUGUGGCGGUUCUUGCUAAUGUCGUAGUAAAUAUAUUUGUUAUAGUGAAUAUGGAAUAUGAUAUGUUGAGUAAAAUGUUGUGCUAAGAUCUAUUUAGGUCAGGAGCUGGUUAUAAGUUCUGUUCCUAUCCAAUAACAAUGGACAAAAGGGUCCUAUCUUGUCAGCCUUGUCAGCAGGUGGCCAAGGACAACACCCACGCCAUAGGCCUCUCAGUUCUUCCAACUCACGAGUUCUUGCUCUGAGGACACACACACACACAAACACACACACACACACAUCAUCACUGUUAAACACACACACACACACACACACACACAUCAUCACUGUUAAACACACACACACACACACAAAAAUCCCCUCUCUUAGGCUGAACAUUUGAAGACAGAGAACCCGACUCAGAGCCAAUGCAACAGUGACAGUAGCCUGCAGGGGACCUCGCCCAACUCAUCAGGACCAAUCAGAAGAUCAGAACUACUAGAUUGAACCUACUUCAUUUAUUGCAUAAAAUGUCUGCACACAAUGUUUCGGGGCUCUCUUCAGAUAACAAUAAUAAUAAUAAUAAUAAUAUGCCAUUUAGCAGACGCUUUUAUCCAAAGCGACUUACAGUCAUGCGUGCAUACAUUUUUGUGUAUGGGUGGUCCCGGGGAUCGAACCCACUACCUUGGCGUUACAAGCACCAUGCUCUACCAGCUGAGCUACAGAAAGUGGAUACUCAUGGAUGCGCAUUGCAAUUGUAAAAUGUCAACACAAUUGGAGACACCACGUCAUUUUUGGAGACAUGUUAUUGACAGUAAACUAUUGUAGAUGCGACUGCUAACUAACUAAAACAUUUUAGCUGGCUAGCUAAUCAUCUUAGCUAAAUGUGGGGCAAACAAUUCAGUUAUUUACCGUUAAUUUGAGGGAUUGGGGUGAAAGAAAUCGAGUUACAUAGUGAUACUUUACGAUAUACUGUAUUGACAAUAUCGCAAUAUUUUAGCGCUAGUUGGCUGUACCUGCACCAAAACACCAUUAUUGUUCCUUCAUAGCUUGUUCUCAAUCUUUUCACAUUGGGAGCCAAUUUGUUUUCAGCACUUUUAUUUCCAUGACUGAUCAAAACUCGUUCUCAUGGCUUUCUGAUCCCUCUGCAACAGACAUAUGGUGCGCAAUAAAAUCACAGUAUCGAAUCGCAAUACGUAUAGAAUCAUGAGACUCGCAAUGCUGAUGCAUAUAUCUUAUCGUGAGGUUCCUGGCAAUUCCCAGCCCAAGUUCAUUUGCCACAACAAAUCUCUUCGCUAGCAAACGCGAUGUCUUCUCCAAAACGGCAAUGUGUCUCCAGCAAUGUUUACUUUUUUGACGUUCUAUGGCAUCUCCACUUUCCAAGCAUAUAUGACCACAUGUAAUAUUUUGGUAAGUGAUGCAAAUAGUGAACUAUGUAGGGCCAGGAUGUAAAAUAUAUGUAGCUGCAGCAAUUUCUCUUAUCUGAUAUGGUAAGUAAUGGGGCUUAAUUUAUAGCUCCCUAAGAGUUUGACGAACGGGUCCGUGAACGCGAUUCCAGAUAUAUUUACCUCUGAAUAAACUGCCUUUAUUACACCAUAUCCACAUCCAGUAAACUUGUGAUUAUCAACACUAACCUCAUCGUUGUGGCGGCGGACAGCUAGCCUGUAUCCCUCGUCAUCCAGUUGAGUGAGUGGCAAUGUCUUUUUUCGUUCGUACCAAUUUUUGGAAAAUCCUCGGGUGUAGGACUUUCCGCCUUUAGUAGAAACCUGUUGAAUUAUUAAAUUUGGUCUGGGAGGUCCUAAUUGUUUCGUUGCCAAUUUAUCUUAAUUUGUUCGCCGACAAAAAGGAACUUCUUUCAAACAAUCCACUCUUUUCUCAGUUACGUUCAUGGUUACGUAACGUAUGACGAAAGCGCGUAAGUGCAAGCCCACAGACACCCAUUGAGAUUGUAUUGAAGGCUCUGAAAUUUGAAAAAAAUAGAUUUUACAUGGGAGUCUAUGACAGAAGUUCUGGGCGAUUUUCAAUCUGACUGAAAUCGCCCCAAAAGGGGGUGGAGCCAUUUGAAGCACGACUUUAGCCUGAUUCGACAUUUAGUGGCAGUGUGGCACUGUGGCAGAUCAGACGUAUAGAUUACAACACUGAUAACUACUGUUGCCGUGAUAUAAUUGAUUAGAAAAAAAAUCCCUUCCUUUUCCCGUUUGGCAGUGCGUCGCCCAUAUCGCCCUAUUGAACAGGCCGUCCCUGGUACCAAGCUACCAAUUACUUCACACUGGAAGAAGUUCGGCUACACUAAAGCUACUGUUAACAAAAACGGUUUACUUAACUAUAGUUACUUUUAAAAAGUAGUUCACUACAUCCAAACUACUUUGUGGGGUCAUAUGUUAACAGAAUGUGAAACGUAGCCUAUUAAACACAAAAACUAUGUUUCAAGUGAGAAUUAGGCAGGUCUGAUUCUGAAAAAUACAUUAUUGCCUACUUCACCCAUAUUUUAUUUUUGCUAAAAAAAAGUGUGUAGUUCCAGUAGUUAGCUGCACUGCUACAUGGCAAAAAUAGUAAUUAAGUACUGAAAACACUACCUAGAUUUGAAUUUAGUUCAACUACCACCAAGCUACUGCAAAAUGUAAUUAAAUGACCGUGUAGCUCAGUUAGUAGAGCAUGGCGCUUGCAACGCCAGGGUUGUGGGUUCAAUUCCCACGGGGGGCAAGUAUGAAAAAUGUAUGCACUCACUAACUGUAAGUCGCUCUGGAUAAGAGCGUCUGCUAAAUGACUAAAAUGUAAAAAUGUAGUUCCCCAACACUGGUGGUAACCAAGUUAGAUCCAAAACACUGAUUUUCACAAAGUCAAAUGAUUUUGUGUUAUGUUUCAUGAUGCUUGUAUCUAAACCAAAGUAUAUAGUUUUAAGAUUGUUCUAUACAUCAGUUGGGGUCUCUAUAAGCUACAAUAUGAGGUCCUAAACCUAGCAUGAAAGUGCAUCCUUGUAGCUGUGUGGGCUAAUAUAGUCAAAAUGUUUGCCUUGGGGUAAGUUGAGCCAAUGUCCAUGGGGUAAGUUGGCCACCAUACCCCUUAUAAAUGUUGAUUACAUUUUGUCCGUUUUAUGCAUAAUGGCGCCGAUUCAGACUUAUGAAAUGUACGGUUUUCCUACGCAUGCCAUUACUACGCACUUCUCAGUAGUUGGUAUUCAGACUUACCUUAUGCAGGUGUGUAACCGGCUUUGCAGGCAUGGUUCCCUUCCACAGUCUGAAUACAUUUUAUUCAACCGCUGAAAACCCUCCCACUUGCUGGCCAACAGAUUUUCCAACAGAUUUACUCGUGGAGUUUUCAUUCAAUAGAGUUUUCAGUACAUUUAUCUUAAGCCAUCCCUUUAAAUACAGUGUACCUUUUAAUUUUGUUGCUAGACUCAAUAGAAUACAUCGAAAGAACGGCUUCAGAAUAUUAGUGAUCAAUGAAAGGAAGCCAUCUAAAUAUAUGCAUAUUUGUCUCCGUUUCGGCACCAACUGGUUUAAAAAUACUCUGAUCUUGUAGAUUAUUUAGGCAUAUUUUAAGGUUAGGAAAGUAUGUAUGACUCAUAAAAAAACAGGUUUGGAGAGCCUUUACGUACAAAAUGUAUUGACACAUAUUUUGUUGUUGUUUAAUUCAUCUUGAAAGUUGCCAUAUUCAAGUUCAAACCAUUAAAUAUUGGAAGGUGAAAAAAGUGUCCAAUAGGGGUUGAACAAUAGCGCUUAGCCAAGCUAAAUUUGGUUAGCAUAAAGCUAGCAAACUGUUAAACGCUAUUUCCAUACAAAUAUUAACAAUUUAACACAUUUUAUGGUGACAUCACAUAUUAACAUAUACUGUAUUACCUGAAUAAACUGAGCCUUCAUUCAUAGAAAAUAAAACAAAUAGGAUAUAAAACAUUGUUGAAAAAAAGUAUGAAAAGUUAAUCCCUUCUCUUACACUUAAACCAUUAGCAACCUAGCCAACAUCCAUUACUUACAAUGGGGAAAAUACCAAACUGUUUUUCACUCGGUUAAAACUCCUUUAAAUUCCCUUGAAACAUCACCAAACUCAUGGACUAUGUAGUUAACCAUGUUAUCUCAAUAUUUUGAGUCUCAUAUUGCACUUUUGCACAUUACAUACUUGAAUUAACAGGGUGAAAUGAUGAGACGGAGAAACCUUAGUAGUGUUCAGUAGUAGGCAUUCUCCAAGAUUGAAGAAAAAACCUCACGAUCUCACUAAUGCUGACCAUUGACGUCACAGCUCCCCCUAGCGGCAGUAAACAGGGGAUGGCUCCAUAAAAUAACAAACUAAAUUAAACAUCACAAAUAUGACCAUAUACACUACCAGUCAAAAGUUUGGACACACCUACUCAUUCAAGGGUUAUUAUUUAUCUUUUACUAUUUUCUACAUUGUAGAUUAUAUUGUCCCCUGUAGCUCAGUUGGUAGAGCAUGGCGCUUGCCAUGCCAGUGUUGUGGGUUCGUUUCCCAUGGGGGGCCAGUAGGAAAAUGUAUGCACUCACUAACUGUAAGUCGCUCUGGAUAAGAGUGUCUGCUAAAUGACUAAAAUGUAGAAUAAUAGUGAAGACAUCAAAAGUAUGAAAUAACACAUAUGGAAUCAUGUAGUAACCAAAAAAGUGUUAAACAAAUCAAAAUGUAUUUUAUAUUUGAGAUUCUUCAAAUAGCCACCCUUUGCCUUGAUGACAGCUUUGCACACUCUUGUCAUUCUCUCAACCAGCUUCAUGAGGUAGUCACCUGGAAUGCAUUUCAAUUAACAGGUGUGCCUUCUUAAAAGUUAAUUUGUGGAAUUUCUUUCCUUCUUAAUGCGUUUGAGCCAAUCAGCUGUUGUGACAAGGUAGGGGUGCUAUACAGAAGAUAGCCCUAUUUGGUAAAAGACCAAGUCCAUAUUAUGGCAAGAACAGCUCAAAUAAGCAAAGAGAAAUGACAGUCCAUCAUUACUUUAAGACAUGAAGGUCAGUCAAAACAGAAAAUGUCAAGAACUUUGAAAGUUUCUUCAAGUGCAGUCGCAAAAACCAUCAAGCGCUAUGAUGAUACUGGCUCUCAUGAGGACCGCCACAGGAAAGGAAGACCCAGAGUUACCUCUGCUGCAGAGCAUACGUUCAUUAGAGUUACCAGCCUCAGAAAUUGCAGCCCAAAUAAAUGCUUCACAGAGUUCAAGUAACAGACACGUGGUGUGGGUGAACGGAUGAUCUCCGCAUGUGUAGUUUCCACCGUAAAGCAUGGAGGAGGAGGUGUCAUGGUGUGGGGGUGCUUUGCUGGUGAUACUGUCUGUGAUUUAUUUAGAAUUCAAGGCACACUUAACCAGCAUGGCUACCACAUCAUUCUGCAGCGAUACGCCAUCCCAUCUGGUUUGGGCUUAGUGGGACUAUCAUUUGUUUUUCAACAGGACAAUGACCCACCACACUUCCAGGCUGUGUAAGGGCUAUUUUACCAAGAAUGAGAGUGAUGGAGUGCUGCAUCAGAUGACCUGGCCUCCACAAUCCCCCAACCUCAACCCAAUUGAAAUGGUUUGGGAUGAGUCGGAACGGCAGAGUGAAGGAAAAGCAGCCAACAAGUGCUCAGCAUAUGUGGGAACUCCUUCAAGACUGUUGGAAAAGCAUUCCAGGUGAAGCUGGUUGAGAGAAUGCCAAGAGUGUGCAAAGUUGUCAUCAAGGCAAAGGGUGGCUAUUUGUUUAACACUUUUGUGGUUACUACAUGGUUCCAUAUGUGUUAUUUCAUACAAUGUAGAAAAUAGUAAAAAUAAAGAAAAACCCUUGAAUGAGUAGGUGUGUCCAAACUUUUGACUGGUACUGUAUAUAUAUAUUUGUGUGCGUCACACAAACAUAAAAUUAGCAGGGGUCUGGCCCCCCUUGAGGUUCUUGAGAGAGCAGCCAAGGAAGUAAGAUAAGGGAAGAAGUCCAUUAGAGCAGUAGCAAGGGAUGAAAAAAUAGACGGAAUGACACUGAAGAGGUACAUUGACAAACAUAACAUGUAUCUGUGCAAAAGAGAGGCUAUGAUAGAGUAGCAGAGGCACACAAGGUCUUAUCUGAUGACAUGGAGUCUGAGCUUGCUUAACAUAUCACGUAUCUCGCAGUCCAGUUUCAUGGGCUUGAAAUGCAGAGAACUUUCCUACGAAUUUGCACUACUAAACAAUGUCCCAGUCCCAGACAAAUGAUCAAGCAAUGGAAGGGUAAGUGAUGUUGAACAGAGAGAUCUAGAUCUGAAUCAGUGGAGGCUCCUCAGAAGAGGACCAUCCUCCUCAGUGAAUUUCAUAAAAAUAGUGAAACAUUAAAAAGUUAUCAUUUUUAGAUAUAACUAUACAAAAUAUAUUAACAUGUCACCAAAUAAUUGAUUAAAACACACUGUUUUGCAAUGAAAGUCUACAGUAGCCUCAACAGCAAUCUGUAGGGUAGCACCAUGGUUUAGCCAGAGGACAGCUAGCUUCCGUCCUCCUCUGGGUACAUUGACUUCAAUACAAAACAUAGGAGGCUCAUGGUUCUCACCCCCUUCCAUAGACUUACACAGUAAUUAUGACAACUUCCGGAGGACAUCCUCCAGAGCUGUUGUAGCAUGAAGUGACAUGUUGUCCACCCAAUCAAAGGAUCCGAUAAUUAACUGCUAGCACUGCAAUGCAUAAAAUGUGGUGAGUAGUAGACUCAAAGAGAGAGAAAGACAAUAGUUGAAGGAGGAGUGAGAGAGAGAGCUAGCUAUAUUUCGUCAUUUUCUUUUCACUUUCACUUACAUAUCUAGCACAUACAGCUAGCUAAUUUAGCCUACUCAAACACCCGGCCCAAACAGAGGGAUGCUAUGUUAGCUAGCUGGCUAUGACUAUCCAACACUGGAACUCUUUCAAGUCAAGGUAAGCUUUAGGUUUUACUAAUUUAUUGCCACCUGGGACCGCCGAUAUAACUGCUAAACUGCUUACUGACUGUACGCUGUACUGCAUGAUUGUAGCGGGUUUAAUAACGCGUUAGUUCUAUUAGCUAUGUUGACUAUGACGUUACUUUAGCUAAUAUGGUGACAACGAUGUAGGCUGUGUGUAUCGGUUAUGAUAUGAAGGUUUGGCUUGGAAAGGUUUUUUAUUCUGGUCACAGACAGCUGAUGUGUUGUGCAUUGAAGUCCACAAGGGAAGGGAAAAGGUGAGAGGAAAAUAAUGCAUAGAUGUGAGAAGGAAUACAACAAGCUGUUUGUAUGUAGCUAUGAAAGUGAACUGUUUACGUGUGAUCAAAGGUGUAUUCAUUCUGCCGAUUCUGUUGAAAAACUUUUCUUAAAACGGAAGCAAACGGAACAAAACGGGGAUAAACAUACCUGAAUUUGUCCAAUAGAAACUCUUGUUUGAAACUGUUGGACUAAUGAUUACACCCUAGAUCAGCUAGAUGCAGGCAAGUGUGUGCAAGGCGGUAUUGAAUGUGUCACUGUCUGUCCAUGUGUCACUGUCUGUCACCUCAAAUCUUUCUCUCGACCGGUGUUCACCUACGUUGUAAACUUUCAUUCAUAGAUUGGUAUAGGGAAAAUUAGAGUAUCAUGUCGUAGCGUAAACCUAUCGAUGUUACACUGAACUGGGUGAAUGGAAUAUGAAUGAAUCUUAAACGGCACACUCCGCCAUUCCAUUAAUUAAACGUUGACCUACCAGCACCAUCACCCACUGUCACAGGACACCAUCACCCACUAACCCCAAGGAGGCUCAACUUACCCUGUCCCUAUGUUCAACUUACCCCAUAUCAGGGGUAAGUUGUGCCAAGAGACCACUUUUCUUGGGCAAGCUAUGUUUUCAAAACUGUUUUGUCAAUGCCAUUUGUCUUUUUUUUUCUAAAUUGAAAUUGUAAACGUUGGUUUACAAAAAUAAAAUUAGUUCUGCAAUGUUGAAAAUCCAAUAAAAAGGUUAACAGGUAGCCUAGCGGUUAAGAGGCAGAUACAAAUAAACAGUUGAAACAGUUAUUCAAUACAAUGCAUAAUUGUUUAAGCCAAUUUUCAACGCUAUUUGUGAUACAAUUAGCUGAUUUCCCAUGGCCACCAAUGACUGGUUCUUGGUCCCCGCUUAGCCACCCCAUUAAACAAAUCUUAGAAACGCCCUGUAUCUCUCCCCAUGAGGCUAGUCGAAGCCCCUGAGAACUGUUCAGACUAACCAGGCAGUAAGUGCCCUCAUCACAUCACUUAAGCCAGCCACAGGCCCAGCUCUAUUAGGUUAGCCAGGGACAGAGGGAGGAGAGGACCAUGUCCAUGUUACACAAUCCUCAUUUACCAGAUCUGAAAGAUAUAUAGACUGUGGUUCAGUCCCAAAUAGCACCCUAUUCCCUACAUAGUGCACUUGGGCCCUUGCCAAAAGUAGUGCACCAUAUAGGGAGUAGGGUGCCGUUUUUGGAUCGCAUCCUGUGUUUCUGGUGUGUUUAGCUUAAAGCAGUGUGUCUGUCACUGUCUGUAGAUAUGAGUACAGAGCAGCAUAUUAGGGGAUGUAUGUAUUUGACUGAUAUAUAGAGUUGUGGAUCUGUUGUUGAUGGUUAGAGGCAUUUUGAGCUUUGAUGGUCUGUUUUCGAUCUAUAAUUUCCUGUCCAAGCUUAUCUGUGCAUGAAGCUUAUCUGUGUAUUUGUACAUAAGAACAUGUACAUAAACAGCCUUCUUUCUCUCUCUCUCUCCCUCUGAGGAAAUCCCAUUCCAGUAUAACUACUAGACAGACAUUACUCUGGAUCCACAGGGAUAGAAAAAGGUUGGCCACCCAAGAAUGAUGUAGAUAAGGAGGGCCAAAGGGGAUGAUAUGAUUAAAGGAGACAAGCAUAGAGCUACCUGAAAUGAACUGAGAGAAACUCGCUCAAAACAUGGGAACAUGUCCCCACCGAGUUCCGGGGUUAGAUUCCGAAAGGGUUCAGUGAAGAGCUAUUGUCGUGGAACCAUUUUCUUUGCCUGGAGCUAACAGCAGUCCUAACAGAAUUAAAGGCAGUUGGUCUGAUCACAGACAGUUUAUCUACCCCUCACUCACACAGUCUGCUCGUUUCCUGUUUCCAGUGUGUAACCUCAUUAACGGUCCCCCUCCUUCCUGUCACUGUGCCCCAUAGCAGCAGUCCUGAUCUCUCUCUCAUCUUUUUCUCUCCUUCUUUUGUCAAUCUCCCUCUCUCAAUCUCCCUCUCUCAAUCUCCCUCUCUCAUUCUCUCAAUCUCCCUCUCUCAAUCUCCCUCUCUCAUUCUCUCAAUCUCCCUCUCUCAAUCUCCCUCUCUCAUUCUCUCUCUUUCAUUCACUCCUUUCCGCUCUCCUGAGUUCAUACAGACUAUAGAUUGCACUUUUGCAUGCCUUGGAAAACAGGUUGUUCUAUGGCAGCGAGCCUUAAAAAAAUACACUGAUAUACACGCACACAACACACACAGAAGCUGAUUCCCAAGCCUUACAGAGGUGAUAAAAUAAAUCUGUCCGAGCUCCAGUGACUAUAUCAACAUUAGAUGAAGGAAACAUAAAUGAGUACAGUCCAUUACAGGAGACAAGCCCACAGGAAAUUAAAAGAGGAAGAGAAUGAAGGAUGGAGGGAGAUCAGCAAGAGAGAGAUGGAUGGAUGCAGGGACUUCAGAGAGGGAAAGAGGUGAGCAAUCUGGCUGUCUUCGUAGGGAGUUCCCCAUUGCCCUACUAGCAUUGACAAUGUUUAGACUCUCUUUGAGGUACUGUAGAUGACCCAAUAAGAGGGCUUUCCAAUGUCCACUAUCUCACGCUCUCCCUGCCCUGUCCUAGUAAACUCUGAUAUGAGGGGGUCAGAUACGGAGGGGUCAGCCUGAACCCCUUCACCAGUCAUGGUCAUAACUGGCUCUCAGAUCACCAGGGGCAUUGAGGGAUUCUCUGUAAACACACUCGUAUAUCAGAGUCACACCAGACCCUUUUCACAAGGUUGAGAGGGAAGCUGGACCACACAGACACAUGCAAACACACACACUUUGUCUCUCGUCUGCCUAUAUUGCCUAUAUGUAGUUAGAUUACCAUACAUUCCUUUACCUCACGCCACUCCACAACUGUUCCAUAUAAGGGAGGGAGAGAGAGGAAGGGAUGGAAAGAGACAGAGCUAUAGAAAGAGAAUGAGUCUGUCUCUAAACAGUGAAUGACUGAUUCAUCCCCAGCCAUCACAUAACUGUUGAUUUAUAUCUAAAUAAUUCCAUUAGUGCAUAAUUAAACACAUUCCAUUCACACCCUAAUAGUUGUGCAAAGUUGGUAGAAUAUUAUUCAAAAUUAUUCACAGCUGUAAUGGCUGCCAAAGGUGCUUCCACUAAGUAUUAACUCUGGCGUGUGAAGACAUACGCAAUAAUUUUUGAAAAAUGAAUUAGGAAAAUGUUCUAUAACUUUCUUUCACUUUGAAGAUGUGGAGUCGGUUGUGUAGAUCUGCAGGAAUAAAAAUCUAAUGUAAUCUCUUUUUUAAAUAUAAUUUUAAGGCAGCAAAAUGGAAAGACUCUCGAAGGGGUGGGUAGACUUUAACUAGGCGCUGUAGCACAUACACACACUGUGAACUCACACUGUUCUUGUAUAGAUUGGAAGUGUUAAGCACAUGCAGGUUUCACACAUGGGCUGCGAGUGUGGGAGUGCUGACAGGGUCAUACUGUGUCCUGAGGGGGAAGAGAGGGGAGGCAGCGAGAAAGAGGGAGAAGAGAUGGAGAGCAGAGAGAGAGCAGGGGGAUGGGGGGGUUGAGAAAGAGGGAGAGAGAAAGAUGGAAAGCAGGGGGUUAGAGUGGGUAGGAAACAGUGAUAAAGAUGGAACUUUCCUACCAUGUGAAUGUUGAAGUUAUACACUCACUGGCCAGUUUAUUAGGUACACCAACCUAGUACCGGAUCGGACCCCCCUUUGUCAGAAACAUUCCACAGGGAUGUUGGUCCAUGCUGACGCGAUGGCAUCACGCAGUUGCUGCAGAUUGAAAGGUGGUACAUUCAUGCUGCGAACAGCCCAAAGAUGCUCAAUUGGGUUUGGUCAGCAACAAUGUUUAGAUACGCUGUGGUGUUCAAUCGUUGCUCAAUUACUAUCAUUGGACCUAACGUGUGCCAGGAAAACAUUCCCCACAGAAGUGGAACUUGGUGUGGUCGUCUGCUGCAAUAGCCCAUCCGUGACAAGGAUCGACGAGUUGUGCGUUCCGAGUUGCCGUUCUGCAAACCACUCUUGUACUACGCCAUUAUUUGUCUCUUUGUGGCCUGCCUGUUAGCAUCCAUGAUUAUUGCCAUUCUACUUCGAUCUCUCUCAUCAACGAGCUGUUUUUGCCCACGGGAGUGCUGCUGACUGGAUGUUUUUUGUUUGUCGCACCAUUCCCGGUAAACCCUAGACACUGUAGUGCGUGAAAAGCCCAGGAGGGCGGCCGUUUCUGAGAUACUAGAUCCUGUGUGCCUCGUUUUGCCCAUUCUAAUGUUCAAUCGAACAGUAACUGAAUGCCACGUGACUCACUGUCUGUAGGAGCGAUCCAUUUUCGUGAACGGGUUGGUGUACCUAAUAAACUGGCUGGUGAGUGUAUCUUGCUGCAUAGUACUAGCUAACAGCAUGCUGAUGGAGCUUGCGGUCUCUCCCUGCCUGCUGAAAAGUCACACCCUUAAACAUCACACUCAAAAACAUAAUACAAAGACACGCACACACACAAACACACGCAUGAACAAACACACACAUAUCCUGCACUUUGAUGACACUGCCAUUAUCCAAACGACCACGCCAAACAGUCAGGAUCCAAACAUGAAAAGAACACAAACACACGCACGCACACACACCCCAAAUGAGCCAUCUAAAUGUUUCUCUUUGCUGAUAAGAAGAGAACCACCACAUCCUCUCCUUGGGCAGGUGGUAUCCAAGAUGGCACAGCAGUGCGGCCGUGUACAAUGUGUGUGUCCGUGUAAAUAGCCUGUUUUUUGUAAUUUUUUUUGUAUUUUUCGUACAUAUUUCCCUAUCACAUUUACACGGUACCCUGUCCUGUUUAUCUGUUUAGCCUUAGCCCAAACUUUCAUCGCCAUUACCAGUUGUUGUCUUAGCUCUCUCGAAUAACACCUGUGAUUACUUUAUGCCUCUCUCCCAUGUCAAUAUGCAUUGCCUAUUGCUGUUCCAGUUAGUUCUUAUUACACAAUUUCACUGUAAAGCCCCAAGCCCCUCUCAAAUAGCUCCUUUGUUCCACCCCCCCCCCCCCCCCCCCCCCCCCCCCCCCCCCCCCAUAUCCUUGUCUGUACAUAAUGCGAAUUGUGAAUUGAUUGCCCCCCAUCUAUCCUCAGAGUUCGUACUGCUUGGUGACCUAAACUGGGAUAUGCUUAACACCCCGGCCAUCCUACAAUCCAAACUAGAUGCCCUCAUUCUCACACAAAUGAUCAAGGAACCUACCAGGUACAACCCUAAAUCCGUAAACAUGGGCACCCUUAUAGAUAUCAUCCUGACUAACUUACCCUCUAAAUACACCUCCGCUGUCUUCAACCAGGAUCUCAGCGAUCACUGCCUUAUUGCCUGCGUCCCUAACGGGUCCGCGGUCAAACGACCACCCCUCAUCACUGUCAAACGCUCCCUAAAACACUUUAGCGAGCAGGCCUUCCUAAUUGACCUGGCCCGGGUAUCCUGGAUGGAUAUCGAUCUCAUUCCGUCAGUAGAGGAUGCUUGGUUGUUCUUUAAAAGUGCUUUCCUCUCAAUCUUAAAUAAGCAUGCCCCAUUCAAAAAUGUAGAACUAAGAACUGAUAUAGCCCCUUGAUCUCCUCAGAUUUGACUGCCCUUGACCAGCACAAAAACAUCCUGUGGCGUACUGCAUUAGCAUCGAAUAGCCUCCGUGAUAUGCAACUUUUCAGGGAAGUUAGGAACCAAUAUACACAAGCAGUUAGUAAAGCAAAGGCUAGCUUUUUCAAACAGAAAUUUGCAUCCUGUAGCACUAACUCCAAAAAGUUUUGGGACACUGUAAAGUCCAUGGAGAAUAAGAACACCUCCUCCCAGCUGCCCACUGCACUGAGGCUAGGAAACACUAUCACCACUGAUAAAGCUACAAUAAUCGAGAAUUUUAACAAGCAUUUUGCUACGGUUGGCCAUGCUUUCCACCUGGCUACCACUACCCCGGUCACCAGCUCUGCACCCUCCACUGCAACUUGCCCAUGCCCCCCCCCCCCGCUUCUGUUCUGAAAGAGCUGCAAAAUCUGGACCCCUACAAAUCAUCUGGGCUAGACAAUCUGGACCCUUUCUUUCUAAAAGUAGCAGCCGAAAUUGUCGCAACCCCUAUUACUAGCCUGUUCAACCUCUCUUUCGUAACGUCUGAGGUCCCCAGAGAUUGGAAAGCUGCCGUGGUCAUCCCCCUCUUCAAAGGGGGUGACACUCUAGAUCCAAACUGUUACAGACCUAUAUCCAUCCUGCCCUGCCUUUCGAAAGUUUUUGAAAGCCAAGUUAACAAACAGAUCACCGACCAUUUAGAAUCACACCGUACCUUCUCCGCUAUGCAAUCCGGUUUCCGAGCUGGUCAUGGGUGCACCUCAGCCACGCUCAAGGUCCUAAAUGAUAUUAUAACCACGAUCGAUAAUAGACAGUACUGUGCAGCCGUCUUCAUCAACCUGGCCAAGGCUUUCGACUCUGUCAACCACUGCAUUCUUAUUGGCAGACUAAAUAGCCUUGGUAUCUCAAAUGACUGCCUCGCCUGGUUAAGCAACUACUUCUCAGAUAGAGUUCAAUGUGUCAAAUCGGAGGGCCUGUUGUCUGAACCUAUGGCAGUCUCUAUGGGGGUGCCACAGGGUUUAAUUCUUGGGCCGACUAUUUUCUCUGUGUAUAUCAAUGAUGUCGCUCUUGCUGCUGGUGAUUCUCAGAUCCACCUCUACGUAGACGACACCAUUUUGUAUACAUCUGGCCCUUCAUUGGACACUGUGUUAACAAACCUCCAAACGAGCUUCAAUGCCAUACAACACUCCUUCCAUAGUCUCCAACUGCUCUUAAACACAAGUAAAACUAAAUGCAUGCUCUUCAAUCGAACGCUGCUGGCACCUGCCCACCCGACUAGAAUCACUACUCUCGACGGGUCUGACCUAGAGUAUGUGGACAACUACAAAUACCUAGGUCUCUGGUUAGACUGUAAACUCUCCUUCCAGACUCACAUUAAGCAUCUCCAAUCCAAAGUUAAAUCCAGAAUCGGCUUCCUAUUUCACAACAAAGCCUCCUUCACUCAUGCUGCCAAACAUGCCCUCGUAAAACUGACUAUCUUACCGAUCCUUGACUUUGGCGAUGUCAUUUACAAAAUAGCCUCCAACACUCUACUCAGCAAAUUGGAUGUAGUGUAUCACAGUGCCAUCCGUUUUGUCACCAAAGCCCCAUAUACUACCCACCACUGUGACCUGUACGCUCUUGUUGGCUGGUCCUCACUACAUAUUCGUCGCCAAACCCACUGGCUCCAGGCCAUCUAUAAAUCACUGCUAGGCAAAUCCUGGCCUUAUCUUAGCUCAUUGGUCACCAUAGCAACACCCACCCGUAGUAUGCGCUCCAGCAGGUAUAUCUCACUGGUCAUCCCCAAAGCCAACACCUCCUUUGGCCGCCAUUCCUUCCAGUUCUCUGCUGCAAAUGACUGGAACGAACUGCAAAAAUCUCUGAAGCUGGAGACUCUUAUCUCCCUCACUAACUUUAAGCAUCAGUUGUCAGAGCACCUUACCGAUCACUGCACCUGUACACAGCCCAUCUGAAAUUAGCCCACCCAACUACCUCAUCCCCAUAUUGUUAUUUAUUUUGCUAAUUUGCACCCCAGUGUCUCUAUUUGCACAUCAUCUCUUGCACAUCUAUCAUUCCAGUGUUAAUACUAAUUGUAAUUAUUUUGCACUAUGGCCUAUUUAUUGCCUUACCUCCAUAACUUGCUACAUUUGCACACACUGUAUAUAUAUUUUCUAUUUUCUGUUGUAUUUUUGACUUUGUUUUGUUUUACCCCAUAUUUAACUCUGUGUUGUUGUUUUUAUCGCACUGCUUUGCUUUAUCUUGGCCAGGUCGCAGUUGUAAAUGAGAACCUGUUCUCAACUGGCUUACCUGGUUAAAUAAAGGUGAAAUAAAUCAAAUAAAAGGAGGACUGAUUUACCCAGCUGUACUUAGUCAGAUAUGAUAUGAUUACUUCAUAUGAACACCAUGAGCCACAGCCCCUAAGAGACCAGUUAGGAGAUGACAGAUCAUUUGACUCUGAGAUUACUUAUUCAAGAUGAGCAUCAAAUAUUAACUGAAGCUGUUCAAUCAGAAUGACUCAUCUACCCUAAUGUACUGUACAUGUCUAAGAUGGUAUAUGAAUAAUAUAUAGAGGACAGGGGUUCAUUAUCUUUAUGGAUGAAUUUGUGUGUCACCCAUAGAGAUGUGUUCUAUUUAAUUCUGUGGUUUCACUUCUCAAAGGACAAUGAAUUCAGAGAUAUGUGAGUGAGGGAGUGUGUGUGUGUGUGUGCAUGAGUGUGUGUCUGAGUGUGUGUGUGUGUUUAUGUUAUAUUGUAGCAAUCGUUACAAUUCCCACCAAGUGGGUUAACCCUAUUGGCACGAUGCGAAUGUAGUCUGCCUUUCAUGCCAGUGAACCGGGUUUGCUUCCCUGCCCCACCGUUCGCUACAUUGGUGUCAGAAGUGGGAUGGCGGCCAUGAGGCCAUCGAAAUGCACAGGCGGACGUGUGAGGCGGCUUGAAAGAAAGUCGAAGCACGGGGAAGUGCCUUCCCGUUCUGAGGGGGCACUGUAGCACUGUAGCUAUAUGACCCAGAGGAGAGGGGUUCAUUAUCUUUAUGGAUUAAUCUUUGUGUCACUUAAAGAGAUACGUGUUCUAUUUAAUUCAGUGGUUUCACUUCUCAAAGGACAAUGAAUUCAGAGAUAUGUGAGUGAGAGAAUGUGUAUGCGUGCGUGCAUGAGUGUGUGUCUGAGUGUGUGUGUGUGUGUGUGUGUGUGUGUGUAGGAGUUUGUGUAUAUUAUAUUAAUGUCACACCAUAGAGUACAUAGAGUUCUGACUUCUGGCUGAACAAUCAACACACAGUACACACACAGAGCAUUAUGGUUAGUGGGGCCCAGGCUCUGUAAUCUCACUCUCAAGCCACUGCCUUUGUCUCCGCGAUGAAAGCCGCUGUAAUAAAACACGGACAAGACAUGGAUGAAGCAUGGAUCAAAUCGGGGAAUCAGGAACCAUGAGGAAAAGGAUUGUGGGAAUUAGGGUCUAUCCGCCCAAAAUCCCAGAAUUCCUCCGGAGUGGCCAUUAGAGAUUUAAAUCGCCAUCAGAGCCCACGACGAAACCACAGAGCACUGUGAGAGAGCGUGAAAUGACCACAGUUCCCAAACAUGGGGAUAAUAGAUUUUUAAGUCAUGAAAGACUCCAGAGGAGCGAGGGGAAAAGAGAGAGAGGGGGACAGGAGCAGGGUAAAGGCCUACUGGGAAUAAGGGAUAUUAUGGUAGAGGGAUGGUGGAACAGACAGAGGAGCAACGGCGACCUGAUACACACACACACACAGUAUACAAACACUACAUUACCAAAUGUAUGUGGACAUUUGCUCAUCGAACAUCACAUUCCAAAAUCAUGGGCAUUAAUAUGGAGUUUGUCCCUCCUUUGCUGCUAUAACAUCCUCCACUCUUCUGGGAAGGCUUUCCACUAGAUGUUGGAACAUUGCUGCUGGGACUUGUUUCCAUUCAGCCACAAGAGCAUUAGUGAGGUCGGGCACUGAUGUUGGGAGAUUAGGCCUGGUUCCCAGUCGUCAUUCUAAUUCAUCCCAAAGGUGUUUGAUGGGAUUGAGGUCAGGGCUCUGUGCAGGCCAGUCAAGUUCUUGGACCUCGCUUUGUGCACGGGGGCAUUGUCAUGCUGAAACAGGGAAGGGCCUUUCCCAAACUGUUGCCACAAAGUUGGACGCACAGAAUCAUCUAGAAUGUCAUUGUAUGCUGUAGCGUUAAGAUUUCCCUUCACUGAAACUAAGGGGCCUAGCCCGAACCAUAAAAAACAGCCCCAGACCAUUAUUCCUCCUCCACCAAACUUUACAGUUAGCACUAUGCAUUAGGGCAGGUAGCGUUCUCCUGGCAUCCGCCAAACCCAGAUUCGUCCGUCGGACUGCCAGAUGGUGAAGCGUGAUUCAUCACUCCAGAGAACGCGUGUCCAAUGGUGGCGAGCUUUACACCACUCCAGCCGACGCUUGGCAUUGCGCAUGGUGAUCUUAGGCUUGUGUGCGGCUGCUUUCCCAUGGAAACCCAUUUCAUGAAGCUACUGAUGAACAGUUCUUGUGCUGAUGUUGCUUCCAGGGGCAGUUUGGAACUCGGUAGUGAGUGUUGUACCAGGGACAGACGAUUUUUACGCGCUACUCACUUCAGCACCGGUCCCGUUCUGUGAGCUUGUGUGGCCUACCACUUUGCAGUUGAGCCGUUGUUGCUCCUAGACGUUUCCACUUCACAAUAACAGCACUUACAGUUGACCGGGGCAGCUCUAGCAGGGCAGAAAUGUCACGAACUGACAUGUUGGAAAGGUGGCAUCCUAUGACGGUGCCAAGUUGAGAGUCACUGAGCUCUUCAGUAAGACCAUUCUACUGCCGAUGUUUGUCUAUGGAGAUUGCAUGGCGGUGUGCUCAAUUUUAUACACUUGUCAGCAACGGGUGUGGCUGAAAUAGCCGAAUCCACUCAUUUGAAGGGGUGUCCACAUACUUUUGUAUAUAUAGUGUAACUUAUACAUAUACAAAUCAUAAACUCCCAUAAUUGAGUGUGGGUGGUAAUGUCUUAUUUACAUUUCUGUGUGUCCCAUUUCCCUUGGAAUCAAUUGCUAGAUGCAGAAUCAGACCCUGUUAUCAAUAACACUAUAUUGCACUGAAACAUGGCUUAUGUGUUUUGCUGUGGUCCAUGCCACUAGCAAACAAACCAGAGGAGGUGCAGAGGGUUCCCUCUCCCAGAACGCUGCUCCUCCGGUACACUGACCAGGAAGAGACUGACUGACUUGUUGUUUGGAUUCCAUCUGGAAAGAAUCAUGGAUUUGAUCAAAAUCACAUUUGGACAGAAUCUCUCAGCCACAUCAUCACUAAACAUGUCAGACACACGCACACACGCACAAAUGCAUGGACGCACACGCAGACAUAUACACACACAGUAAUAACAGUAUAACUGUCUCUGAACUGUAUUUCUAAGGCUUUGAUUUACUCCCUCAGCCAUGGAACAAAGAAGACGAUGUGUAACAAUUAAAGACUCAAAAAAGAUUUAGAGCCCUGACUUCAUAAGGCCGGAAUACAUUGGAUUUCUGCCUGGAAUCACCAAUAACAGAGGGACAGAGUUCCCAUCUUUGGGGAAACAUUGGCUUAAGAACACGAGAUGUAAAAUACAGACACACAGUCAAAUAGAGGACACAUCAGAGAACAUCACAGAAGACCAUAACCGUUUCUCAUAUAGAGUGACCUGACCUCGUUCCUCCCAAUGAACUGGAAGUUAGUGCUUGGGUCAGCAACAGCAAGUGCUUAAUUUAAGGAUGCUGUUUACUUUGUAAAUAGCUCAUAGAUCACUGUCGCAAGCAAAGUUCCUCGAAAAUGUCCAUUUAUAGUUUAUAUAGUAUUUGUUUAUUUGACAGGGACCAUGUACAGCUAGUGAUCUACAGUAGCUUGUUUGCACCUGUGAUCGCUGGACACAACACAUAAUCAGUGUUAUCUUCUGUAUAGUCCCCCAAAGCUCAACAUCGAACACUAGAUACACAGGAUCAGAUAUGCCAGGUGUUGAUAUGUAUCCCUUCCAGAUGGUUGCAACUGAGUGUGUGUGUGUGUGUAUAUGUGUGUUUUUGUGUGCGCAUGAAUACGAACGCAUGCAUGUGUGUGUGUCAGAGCAGAGUGCGGCCUGUAGGUGUGGGUCUCAGUGUUCUCUCUCAUAUAUCCGCUGAUUUGUGUCAAGAUUAAAUGAUACAGUUAAAGUCAGUGUUGGCUGUCUGUUUGUGUUUAUGUUCAUUGCUCUGCUCAGGCCAUCUGGGAGCCGUUUGGCAAACGUUUUACUUAGAGCUUUAGUGUACUGUUUGUUUGCACGUGUGUUUCAGAGAUGGAGAGAUAGAGAAAUAGAACCAGAGAGAUGGAGAAAGGGAGAGAGAGACAGACAGAGGUCAAGAGAGUGAGAGAGACAGAGAGGUGAAAAGAAAGAGAGAGAGAGAGAGAGCGAGGAAGCGAGGCCGAGUCUGAAUCAGCCCAAAGAGGCAUGCCUGUAGUAUUGUAGGUCACAGCUCUCAAUGCAUGCGACACUGAGAUAAAAAUGUCCCUCUCCAAAAAGUCCAUCUGCUCUACAUAAAGCCUUGGGUGAAUGCUCUUCAUCGACCGUAAACCUGUCUCAUGGUUCUGGUUCUGAGCGGUUCACUCAGAGUUGGCAUAGCAAUAGAGACACACCCCCAGAGAGGGAGGGGCUUGUUCAGCUUAGUUAUCUGAUUGGCGGAACUUCUUUAUGGCCCCAAUCAACACCUAGCACCAAGAAACUUUGUUUCUGGGUUUCCACAACAGACGGUUACUGACACUUCACCACACUACUACAAUAAAUCUACACUGACCUAAUCUACAUAGUCUGAACACAUACGCAAGCACUCAAGCAAACACGGAUGCUCUCUCACUAACAGGCAGUGGUAUUUAAGUGUCUAUGGAAUAGGAUAAUUAAAGUCAGUCUGAGCAUGAAGAAGCGAGACAGAGAGAGAAGGAGGGUGGGAGAGAGACAGAGAGGGAGAGGAACAGAGAGGGGGAGGUAAAAGGAGAAAGAUUGAGGGGUGUGAGAGAGACCAUGGAGACAAAUUACAUAACAUCAAACAUCACCUUUGAUCCACAGGACCAGGGUUGCCAGGGUAAUGGGUAUAUUAUAAACUGGGUGGUUCAAGCCCUGAAUUCUGAUUGGCUGAAAGCCAUGGUAUAUCAGACCGUAUACCACGGGUAUGACAAAACAUUUAGUUUUACUUCUCUAAUUAUGUUGGUAACCAGUUUAUAAUAGCAAUAAGGCUCCUCAGGGGUUUGUGAUAUAUGGCCAAUAUACCACGGCUAAGGGCUGUGUCCAGGCACUCUGCGUUGCGUCGUGCUUAAGAACAGCCCUUAGCCGUGGUAUAUUGGCCAUAUACCACACCUCCUCAGGCCUUAUUGCUUAAAUAUAUCACCUCCAGAUGAGCUGGGUUGCUAGCACCAUGCGUAUGCAUGUUGCAACUAAUAAACAGGAGGACAGUUUUUACAGAAGGAAUGGGUAGUUACUUAUGGGUGAGCUGUUUGACAUUUGUAGAACAGGAAAUCAACAAGUGCCCCCUCGCUCUCUUCCUGUCCCACAGUCUGUCCUCGCUCCCUGUUGACCCCAAUCCUAAACAUCCCAACAUCUCACUCCCUCACUCGAAACCCCUUUCAUAUCACGCAUAAACAUAGACACACACAGGCAGAAGCAAGUUCAUACAGACACACACAUGCACGCACGCACACACACACACACACAGCACGCCAUGGCUCCAUCCAAACCAGUUCCCAUCACCCAUAUGAUAUUGUUAGUGUAAGACAGUUGGGACCCUCUCUCUGAAGCUCAGACACAGAGUUUCAGCAGGCCGCCACUACUGUAACCCUGCUGUUAAACGUCAAUGGUGUUGCUCCAAAUAUCCUGCUCAUUUCACACUCAUAAGGCUCUACCCAGACCAUGUGUGUAUGCGUGCUAUAUUUACUAAUCAUAUGGGACCCAGUUUUUGUGGGAUUGUGUGUGUGUGUGUGCAAUAUUUACAAAAUCAAAAGAGACCCAGUUUUAGGGGUGCAGAGAGAGUCCUGAGCUACAGUAUAUAGCUAUCGCUUAUUCUUUACCCAAUUACAAUCUCCCUUUCCCAUCCCAGCUAACAACUCUAGGGAGAGAGAACGUUUUUGUAAUGUUACCCGUAAUGUUCACCUAAUGUUUGCGUGUCCAGUUUUCCAUUAGUUACGGGAACAUUCUAUGUAUGUUGGAAAAAAACUCAUGAGAACCUAUUUAACAUUUUUUGGCGUUAGAGUUAGGAGAACAUUCCCUUAAUGUCAAACAGAACUUACCCAGAACGUGGUUACCAUGGUUUCAGCAGAGAAAGCUGGUGGGAGGAGCUAUAGGAGGACAGGCUCAUUGUAAUGGAUGGAAUAGCUCCUCCCACCAGCCUCCUCUGGUCCUCAGCAUAUACAAUAUACAGUGGGGGAAAAAAGUAUUUAGUCAGCCACCAAUUGUGCAAGUUCUCCCACUUAAAAAGAUGAGAGAGGCCUGUAAUUUGCAUCAUAGGUACACGUCAACUAUGACAGACAAAAUGAGAAGAAAAAAAUCCAGAAAAUCACAUUGUAGGAUUUUUAAUGAAUUUAUUUGCACAUUUUGGUGGAAAAUAAGUAUUUGGUCAAUAACAAAAGUUUCUCAAUACUUUGUUAUACACUCUUAAAGGGAGUGCUCCUAAUCUCAGCUUGUUACCUGUAUAAAAGACACCUGUCCACAGAAGCAAUCAAUCAAUCAGAUUCCAAACUCUCCACCAUGGCCAAGACCAAAGAGCUCUCCAAGGAUGUCAGGGACAAGGUUGUAAACCUACACAAGGCUGGAAUGGGCUACAAGACCAUCGCCAAGCAGCUUGGUGAGAAGGUGACAACAGUUGGUGCGAUUAUUCGCAAAUGGAAGAAACACAAAAGCACUGUCAAUCUCCCUCGGCCUGGGGCUCCAUGCAAGAUCUCACCUCGUGGAGUUGCAAUGAUCAUGAGAACGGUGAGGAAUCAGCCCAGAACUACACGGGAGGAUCUUGUCAAUGAUCUCAAGGCAGCUGGGACCAUAGUCACCAAGAAAACAAUUGGCAACACACUACGCCGUGAAGGACUGAAAUCCUGCAGCGCCCGCAAGGUCCCCCUGCUCAAGAAAGCACAUAUACAGUGGGGGAAAAAAGUAUUUAGUCAGCCACCAAUUGUGCAAGUUCUCCCACUUAAAAAGAUGAGAGAGGCCUGUAAUUUGCAUCAUAGGUACACGUCAACUAUGACAGACAAAAUGAGAAAAUAAAAUCCAGAAAAUCACAUUGUAGGAUUUUUAAUGAAUUUAUUUGCAAAUUAUGGUGGAAAAUAAGUCUUUGGUCAAUAACAAAAGUUUCUCAAUACUUUGUUAUAUACCCUUUGUUGGCAAUGACACAGGUCAAACGUUUUCUGUAAGUCUUCACAAGGUUUUCACACACUGUUGCUGGUAUUUUGGCCCAUUCCUCCAUGCAGAUCUCCUCUAGAGCAGUGAUGUUUUGGGGCUGUCGCUGGGCAACACGGACUUUCAACUCCCUCCAAAGAUUUUUUAUGGGGUUGAGAUCUGGAGACUGGCUAGACCACUCCAGGACCUUGAAAUGCUUCUUACGAAGUCACUCCUUCGUUGCCCGGGCGGUGUGUUUGGGAUCAUUGUCAUGCUGAAAGACCCAGCCACGUUUCAUCUUCAAUGCCCUUGCUGAUGGAAGGAGGUUUUCACUCAAAAUCUCACGAUACAUGGCCCCAUUCAUUCUUUCCUUUACACGGAUCAGUCGUCCUGGUCCCUUUGCAGAAAAACAGCCCCAAAGCAUGAUGUUUCCACCCCCAUGCUUCACAGUUGGUAUGGUGUUCUUUGGAUGCAACUCAGCAUUCUUUGUCCUCCAAACACAACGAGUUGAGUUUUUACCAAAAAGUUCUAUUUUAGUUUCAUCUGACCAUAUGACAUUCUCCCAAUCCUCUUCUGGAUCAUCCAAAUGCACUCUAGCAAACUUCAGACGGGCCUGGACAUGUACUGGCUUAAGCAGGGGGACACAUCUUGCACUGCAGGAUUUGAGUCCCUGGCGGCGUAGUGUGUUACUGAUGGUAGGCUUUGUUACUUUGGUCCCAGCUCUCUGCAGGUCAUUCACUAGGUCCCCCCGUGUGGUUCUGGGAUUUUUGCUCACCGUUCUUGUGAUCAUUUUGACCCCACGGGGUGAGAUCUUGCGUGGAGCCCCAGGUCGAGGGAGAUUAUCAGUGGUCUUGUAUGUCUUCCAUUUCCUAAUAAUUGCUCCCACAGUUGAUUUCUUCAAACCAAGCUGCUUACCUAUUGCAGAUUCAGUCUUCCCAGCCUGGUGCAGGUCUACAAUUUUGUUUCUGGUGUCCUUUGACAGCUCUUUGGUCUUGGCCAUAGUGGAGUUUGGAGUGUGACUGUUUGAGGUUGUGGACAGGUGUCAUUUACACUGAUAACAAGUUCAAACAGGUGCCAUUAAUACAGGUAACGAGUGGAGGACAGAGGAGCCUCUUAAAGAAGAAGUUACAGGUCUGUGAGAGCCAGAAAUCUUGCUUGUUUGUAGGUGACCAAAUACUUAUUUUCCACCAUAAUUUGCAUAUAAAUUCAUUAAAAACCCUACAAUGUGAUUUUCUGGAGAGAAAAAAAUCUUUCUUUGUCUGUCAUAGUUGACGUGUACCUAUGAUGAAAAUUAUAAGCCUCUCUCAUCUUUUUAAGUGGGAGAACUUGCACAAUUGGUGGCUGACUAAAUACUUUUUUCCCCCACUGUAAUGUUCUAGACAAGUUUCAAAAGAUGUUGCAAAAACAUUACGUUUUCUGUUGGUUAGGAGAAUAUUCCAUCAACAUCGUUCAGGUAUGUUUAUCCCCAUUUUGUAACGUUUGCUUUUUCAACAGAAUCGGUGGAAUGAAUACACACCUGAUCACAGGCAAACAGCCACAUACAAACAGCUCGUUGUAUUCAGUGCUUGACUUUGACUGAAAUAGGUUCCGGUACUCAUUUUGGGUGCCGGUACUGUUCAUAUUUAGGUGCAGGAGCUACACUACUUUUGAACAUUUAUUCUAUAAGAGGAACAGGAGCUCAAGCAGUAGAACAUUUCAGGUACCGGUACUCAGCUCCGGUGAGCUCCUGCCCAAGUCAAGCACUGGUUGUAUUCCUUCCCGCAUCUACGCACUCUCCUCCUCUCACCUUUGCCCUUCACUUGUGGACUUCAAUGCACAACACAUCAGCUGUCUUGAGUCAAACCUUUAUAUCAUAACCGCUACACACAGCCUACAUUGUUGUCACCAUAUUAGCUUAAGUAACGUCAUAGUCAACAUAGCUAAUAGAACUAACGCAUUAGUAAACCCGCUACCAUCAUGCAGUACAGUGUACAGUCAGUAAGCAGUUUAGCAGUUACACCGGCGGGCCCCGGUGGCAAUACAUUUGUAAAACCAAAAGCUUACCUUGACUUGGAAGAGUUUCAGUGUUGUGUUGGAUAGUCAUAGCCAGCUAGCUAACAUAGCAUCCCUCUGUUUGAGCCGGGUGUUUGAGUAGGAUAAACUAACUAGCUGCAUUUGUUACCUAAGUAAGUGAAAGUGAAAAAAUAUAUAUUUCUCUCUCUCUCUUUCAUUUUUGAAUAAAUUAAUUUGUUCAAAACUGUUCAACUAUUGUCUCUCUCUCUCUCUUUGAAUGAACUACUCACCACAUUUUAUGCACUGCAGUGCUAGCUAGCUGCAGUGCAUUCGGAAAGUAUUCAGACCCCUUGACUUUUUCCACAUUUUGUUACGUUACAGCCUUAUUGUAAAAUGUGUUAAAUUGUGUUUUUUCCUCAUCAAUCUACACUCAAUACCCCACAAUGACAAAGCAAAUACAGGUUUUUAGAAAUUCUUGCAAAAAACUAAAAUGGAAAUAUCACAUUUACAUAAGUAUUCAGACCCUUUACUCAGUACUUUGUUGAAGCACCUUUGGCACCAAUUAUAGCCUCAAGUCUUUUUGGGUAUGACGCUACAAGCUUGGCACACCUGUAUUUGGAGAGUUUCUCCCAUUCUUCUCUGCAGAUCCUCUCAAGCUCUGUCAGGUUGGAUGGGGAGCGUCGCUGCACAGCUAUUUUCAGGUCUCUCCAGAGAUGUUCGAUCGGGUUCAAGUCCGGGCUCUGGAUGGCCACUCAAGGACAUUCAGAGACAUGUUCCGAAGCCACUCCUGCGUUGUCUUGAAUGUGUGCUUAGGGUUACUGUCCUGUUGGAAGGUGAAGCUUCGCCCCAGUCUGAACUCCUGAGUGCUCUGGAGUAGGUUUUCAUCAAGGAUCUCUCUGUACUUUGCUCCGUUCAUCUUUCCCUCUAUCCUGACUAGUCUCCCAGUCCCUGCCGCUGAAAAACAUCCCCACAGCAUGAUGCUGCCACCACCACUCUUCACUGUAGGGAUGGUGCCAGGUUUCCUCCAGACGUGACACUUGGCAUUCAGACCAAAGAGUUCAAUCUUGGUUUCAUCAGACCAGAGAAUCUUGUUUCUCAUAGUCUGAGAGUCCUUUAGGUGCCUUUUGGCAAACUCCAAGCGGGCUGUCAUGUACCUUUUACUGAGGAGUUGCUUCCGUCUGGCCACUCUACCAUAAAGGCCUGAUUGGUGGAGUGCUGCAAAGAUGGUUCUCCUUCUGGAAGGUUCUCCCAUCUCCACAGAGGAACUCUGGAGCUCUGUCAGAGUGACCAUUGGGUUCUUGGUCACCUUUCUGACCAAGGCCCUUCUCCCCCGAUUGCUCAGUUUGGCCGGGUGGCCAGCUCUAGGAAGAGUCUUGGUGGUUCCAAACUUCUUCCAUUUAAGAAUAAUGGAGGCCACUGUGUUCUUGGGGACCUUCAAUGCUGCAGAAAUGUUUUGGUACCCUUCCCCAGAUCUGUGCCUCGACAUAAUCCUGUCUCGGAGCUCUACGGAAAAUUCCUCCAUCAUUUGUAAAUAUUUUCUGUAGGUUCUUUUUGGUUGCGUUUCUAUAUUGAAGGUUUAGGAAAAACUUGGUGCAUUUUUCGUCGUUCUCUAUCCUAUUUGCUCUGUUUUUUAGAUAAGUGAAACACAAUCUUUCCUGAAUAAGUUCCUCAAAAUCCUUUUGUUUUGCAUAUAGAUUAUUCAGUGCUUCUGUUUUACUUUCAUCAACACUAUUGAUGUGUAAUGUUAGAUUUUCUGUUUCUGUUGUAAGUCUUUUCUCCGUUGACCGAUAUUUUGGUAUUUGAGAUUAAAAUUGUAUUGAAUGGCCUUUAAAGGCACAUUUAAAGGCAUCCCAUACGAUAAGUGGGUCUGCUGGACAUGUAUUGUGCAAGAAAAAGUAUUUUUAUGAAUUCCUUAGUCUUUGUUAAGAAAGUACUGUCAGUUAGUAAAACCUAGGUCAAUUUCCAAUAUCCCCGUCCUCGUGGAAAGUUUGAUAUUUUUGACUUCACAAGGCCUUUAAAUCUUUCCUCCUCUACCUCCCUUUACACCCACACCCAAUAUGCUUCUCUCUGUUUCCCUCAGUCUACUUUUCUCUCUCUCUUUCCCUUCCGACUCAUUCGCUCUCCCUCUCUCCACACUGCCUAUCUCCCUUCUUCUCCUUCUCCCUCUGCUUCCCUUCAUCUCAUCUCUCCCCCUCUGCCCUCCUGUUUCUCUCCCUCCUUCCAAGUCUCUCUGUCUUUCUCUUCUUCUCUCCCUCUACCUCUCUACCUCCCUCAGUCUUCUUCAUGUUCUCUCUCUCUCUGCUAUGGUGAUCAGUCUGUUGUGAUUAGCGUUAUCAGUCACCAACACCAAAGCAUUGAUUUAAUGUAAUUUCUCCAGAUGUAUUAGAUUACCUCUAAAUUAGUUUGCAAUGAUUGACAGUCAUUAACACAGAGGACUGGGUUCAGAGGAGCACAGCAUAGUGUGCUACUGAGUUCAAAGCCACAAAACCGCCAAGCUGCACGGUAAACGUGACAUACGUCCGUGAGCGCCCAAUUAAAUUAGGUUAGUAAAUGUGUAAUAAUGAGCCUGCGGACUAUCACGUAUUUACGGCUGUGGACUAUUGAGCAUAAGACAGUAGAUGGCCUGAAGGGCUCAUAGUUACACAGACUCUCUGACACAUUUACACACAUUGACCCACACAUCUUAUCUAGUCAUAAAGGUAAAACCAGAGAAAUGAUCCCCUAACGCUGUAACAUCGUUCUAGUAUCAUUAUCACAACGUGUCUGACAUCUUUAUGACAUUAAGAGGGCCCGGGCUGGUCAGUGUGUUGGGGGCGGAGAGAGGGAGAGAGAGAAAAACAGAGGAGACAUAUGAGAAGUGAGAAGAGAUAGAUGAGAAGAGAAGCAGUAGAGACAGAUGAGAAGAGGAACAGAAGAAAAGGGCAGUGGUAAAUCCAGGAGGGUUAAGUGCCUCUUGGCAGUAAUCUGCAGAUUUAUGGAAGGGUCUCAAAGCCCCCCUAAAACUAUGUGGAAGAGUGAGAAAGGUGAAAAUGGAUGUAUGUAACAUUAAAACAUACUGUACAUAGGGCCUAGAGGUCAUGACAAACUGCAGUAGGGUGAAAGGAUGAGGAUGGGGUAGCGAACACACACAAACACACAGAUGGACCACCAUUACCUGAGACAAGCGUUGAUCAUACCAUCUACAUUCAAACACACAGAUGGACCACCAUUACCUGAGACAAGAGUUGAUCAUACCAUCUACAUUCAAACACACAGAUGGACCACCAUUACCUGAGACAAGAGUUGAUCAUACCAUCUACAUUCCACUCUGGAACAGAACACUAAUACAUUCUUUAUUCUAGAAGUAUUGUGCUUAGCAGAGCCACCACACUUUCCAUACAAGUCGUAACGUUAUAUCACAGACAGCGUGAUGAGGGAAAUAUAACAAUGACUCAGUGAAUCAUAGGAACACACUGUUUGAAUCAAAUAUCUCUUGACUCAUAUUUGUAGGCAGUUUUCCCUUACCACUAUUGCCUCAGCUGGCUCUUGUGGGGGUUAGGUCUGGAUUGCUAUUCAGAACUUUGUGAAAAAUGUAUUAUACAUCUAUAUAAGUACUCAUGGGUUGCACCUCCGUCACUCGGUCACGUCAUUGCCAUUGUUAUCAACGUUCUACAGAUGCCGUAGCCAUAUUGAUGCUCAAAACUAGGACGGGGACUAAUGACUUUAAACCAAGGCUACUGACUGUUUCGUCUAUAGGGGCUUGGGAAUAUGAUGACAUUGCUAAUGUAGGCACAUAUUUAGUAGGAAACAACUUUGCCAUCAUCAUCAUGUUGUCAAAUGUAUUUUAGACGGAUAGCAAUAUUGUCAUUAGCUAGCAAAGUUCGUCAAAAAUAGCUAGCAAUGCUAACGUUAGCUAGCUAAAAUCUGGAGGUCUCCCCUCAAUCAUAGCUAGCUAGCUAACGUUAUACUGUAACUAAAGUCAAUCUGGCGACAUCAAAAUGAUGAAAAAAGGUUUGCUACUAAUUAUUUGCCUUCUUUAGAAAUGUCAUCGUGUUUUCAAGCUACAGUAAUUCACUUUAGACCAAAUCUUCAUCAGCGCCAAAUGAGGAUGCAUUGAGUAGAAUGCUCAGUUGGGCAUCAGUCCUAAAACGAACGUUCAAAACAAUAUUGUGACGCAACGUGCAACCCAUGAAUAUGGGUUUGCUAUAUAAAUCCAAUUUGAUUCCAUUUAAUCAACUCCACUUUGGGACUGUUGGGGUUAUAUUACUGUCUCUGUAGAGGAUGGGUGUGCAACCACACAAUAUGAAGGGAGGGAGAUGUAGGGAUGGAAGGAGAGAGGGAUAGGGUGAAGGGUCUGUUUAUCGUCUGUGGAGUGUUUUGCUCUUUACCGCUCAACCCUUUGACCCUUCCAUUUCUACCUCUGAUUCAGGAUCAAAGGGUUAGACACCAAGGGGUAAUAGGACAUAGGGAAGUUCAAUGCUGACCACAGAGCAGUGGGUGGCCUGUAUUCUCUUCACUGUACAUCAAUUGAAAAUUGUAAUCUGACCGAUUAUGUGGUAAUGUUACAGAGGGUUACUACAGAGUGUGUGUGUGUGUGCGCCAGUCCAUAAAGAUGAUUUGGCUUUGACUGAGAGCAGGGCCGAUCUGUUUGCACAGAUGUAAUGCUUAACAGCUCACCUGACUAACAGCUACCAGCUCCUCUUCAUGGGCUAAUGCACUCUUGCUCUAAUUUCAAAAGUCACUGUGAAAUGCCAUGCAGUAAAACACACACAUAAACAGUUUCUCCAUCUCAAAAUGCAAAUCAGCCAAUUAAAGUCUUUGAUUUACUUGCACGUGAUAGAACGCUACAUUGUAGCUGGUAGGGUGACCAUAUUUUAGUUUUCAAAAAAGAGGACAGUGGGAGCGGGAGGCAGACGGACACCCGCAGUGGGUGGUAAAUACAAAUGCGUUCACAACCAUGCAACUAUGUUAUUGAACUUUAAUACAUAAAGUAAUACAUCCUUUCCAUUCAACUGUUGGCCCUCAAAAAUAGAAUAAUAACAAACAAAUAAAAAUAGUUUAGCUUUUAACACCUUUUACAUGACACUGUUUCUUUUCAUGGCCAUAGGUUAAAAUACAUUUUAAAAAACAGUCAUAAAAAAAACAACUAUUUCUGUCGAAAAUAAUGUCAGUCCUCCUGAUGCUCUCUGGUAUACUUUCCCGAAGAUCUAAUAUUUCCCAACAGUCCUUGAUUACCAAUCAAGUAGGCAUGAAAGUCUUUGCAAGACAUUUUUAAAGUUGUAUUGUGUACACAGAAGCCCUUCAGUGACUCAACAGACAAGUGAUUCCUUUCCUUUGUCCACUGGCUUUGCAUCAGUGAAAAAACUCUCUCUACAUUUGCAUUGUGAGAAGGAAUAGCAAAGAAAAACUGUGCAAUCUUCAGUAGCUCUGAAUGAAAAUCUAUGCUUUUGGACCUUUCAAAAUAUUUGGUCCACUUAUUGUGUGCUUGCAGAUUACUGAACUCUCCAUCACUGUUACACCUUUUUGUGAAUUUCUUCAGGUUGGUGACCUGAUCAAAGCACUUUGCAUCAUCAAUUGGCACCCCCUUUUCUCCCAUGUGUUUGAUACAGGCUUCUAUGCCAUUCCAGUCAGGUGUCUCACUCAGAUCCAUCCACAUGAAAGAGGAGAACUCCUCCAUGGGUGCCAUCCAUUUCUCCAGAUACUCCAGGCAUGAACUGUACUUUCAAGGCUGGAAACAUCUGUAGCAGCCUCUCAAUACCUGGGAAUAAUGACAGCCAUCGUGUCUUGCUGUGAGAAAGGAGACUUCUGUAUUCAACAUCAACAAAUUCACAGUACUCCUUCAGAUUCUCUGUGCGCAGUGUAGAUGUGAAAGUAUUGACAUAUUUUGAAGAUGAUGUUCUCAAUAUCGACAUCUAGUGUGUCUGCCCCGUAAUGAACACAAUUGUUCAAGACGUGUGCUGGGCAGCCCACACCGAUUAAAGACUUGUUCUGCAAUGACUUCUUUAAGUUUGCGAAAACAUUCUUUCCUUCUUCAUCACGCCGGAUUCCCCCGAACAUUGUAUUGCAGUUGUCACCUGUAAAUGCAAUACUUUUUCAGUGUUUCUUUGAUGUUUGAUGCUUCCCGAGUGGCGCAGUGGUCUAAGGCACUGCAUCGCAGUGCUAGCUGUGCCACUAGAGAUCCUGGUUCGAAUCCAGGCUCUGUCGUAGCCGGCCGUGACCGGGAGACCCAUUGGGUGGCGCACAAUUGGUCCAGGGUAGGGGAGGGAAUGGCCGGCAGGGAUGUAGCUCAGUUGGUAGAGCAUGGCGUUUGCAACGCCAGGGUUGUGGGUUCGAUUCACACGGGGGGCCAGUAUAAAAAAUAAUGUAUGCACUCACUAACUGUAAGUCGCUCUGGAUAAGAGCGUCUGCUAAAUGACAUUUUUUUUUAUGUAUGUAUUGCGCGAUCGUAUCAGCUGUCUCAUUUGGAGUGUUUUUAACUUAGACUAAUUUACUUUGCACGCCACCAUUCUUCCAAUCAAAAUACUGAAUAAGCAGAGGGAAUAUUUUCACAGCACCGUGAUUGCUCCCAUCAGUAGAAACACCACACUAAGGUAUGUCUUCUAGUGCUUUCAGAGCUAUGUCGACAGAAUGUGGUGCUAUCACAGCGUUAAACAAUUGCUUCGGUCUUAGUACGAGCGCUUGAAAAUGUUCGCGCAGUCUCGGAAUCAGGGAAAGCCUUUUUUAACAAGGCAGACGUGCAGUCCAUUGAUCUGUAGCUAUUGUGAUGCUUCGUGGUGUGGAAUGCAAAAACUCCCUCCGCAGCAGUAACAGCAUCUUCUGUUUUACCUGCUCUCACAAAAUAGUCAGUUAAUUUACCUGACGAACUCUCUCCUUUAGCUGCAAUUUUGUGUUUUGCGGAGCUUAUGUGGGCUUCUAGGUUGCUAGCACCUUUAUUUGACACUGACAUGUACUGUACGUGCCAGCUUUGCAGGUCAUGCAUUCUGCUUCACACGGAUCCCGACCAAGACGAAAACACAGGAAUUUUCUCUGUAAAUCGUCUGUGAAUUUACAUUUGCGUUUGGGCAUUUUUACGCUGUUCUGGAGCCAUGUGCCACUGUUGACAAGCAAGCUGCUGCUCUGUCUCUUGGCUGUUGCCAUGGUGAGGGUAAUGAUUGAGAUGCAGUUUGACCAAUGUUUGCGUAGGCCUACAUGACCGACCAAUGGUGGCGUGUGAGAAGGCGGGACCUAAAGAGAAAGGUCAAAGCAAUGCAAAACCCCAAAAACGCACACAAUGAAUGGCGACUGUAGAAAGCAAAAGCCGAAUCCCGGACAUUUUGGGCGAUUUAGAAAUCCCGGCCGGACGCAUUUUUUUUGUCCGGUAAAAAGAGGACGUAUGGUCACCCUAGUAGCUGGUCCCAUCAGAUAACCUGGCACACGUUAGCCCUAUGCUAACUCCUGGAACAAAAUUCCACAUCAGCCUAUCAAAGAUCUUAAACUUCAUAUCCAUCAACCAAUGGCAUUUCUUAAAAUAAGUCAACCCUGGCUACCAGAGGAAUAUUUAAAAAAGGUCCAAUGCAGCCGUUUGUAUCUCAAUAUCAAAUCAUUUCUGCGUAACAAUUAAGUACCUUACUGUGAUUGUUUUCAAUUAAAAUGGUAAAAAAGAAGCUUCUUAGCAAAGGGCCAUUUUUCUUGAGCAAGAACUUUGCGAGGAUUGUGUGAGAGUGGUCUGAGUGGGGAUGGGAAAACUGAAAAUUAGCUGUUAUUGACAGAGAGGUUUGGACUUCUCUUUCUUAUUGGUCUAUUAACUUAAUUACCACCAUGGAAGGCCAAAACUCCAUCCCACCAAAACAUGCAGAAAUUUCAGGCAGUCUUUUCGAACAGCUCUUACACUAAAAGGGUAUUCUCAUAAUUUUCACACAGUAUUAUUACAACCUCACAGUGUGUAAAUAUAUAACAAACAAAUUUUUGUUCUGUUGGUCUUUGGUCUGAAACAAAAUGUAAUGUGCCAAUGUUGCAUUGAUGCAUCCUUGACUAGGCUAAUAGUACUAACGUUAGACAAAAUGUUCACGUUUCCGCAUAUAUGACAAAAUCACACAUUUGUUUGCUUUCACAGCUAUAAAGAUGUAGGAGGAUUAUACAAUAUGUACAUUUAUAUUCAUACAUCGUUUUUUUUAAAAUGGUGGUCUUGUCAAAUAGCUUUAAGUUACCCUUACUGCUAUCACUAAUUGGUGGCCUGAUCCACUAAGGCAGUAAGCCCAAAGACGGCACGGUACGAUGGCUGUGAGUUCAAAUAUCCCUCUGGGGAUUGUCAUUCGAGGAAAAACGCUCCACUGCUGGUCCUCAAGUCAAAUAAUGCAUAUGUGACAAAGUAGAUUAUUAUAAAAAUUCAUAUGAAACGUAAUCAUUAGGGUAGCUUUUCAAACUGUGGGGACUGGUAGCGCAGACAGUGUAGGCUACCUGUGAUUUCGUUAUCUGAUAAAAAAUAAUAUAUUUCGCUGUGUAAGCUGACUGGAUAUAUUCAUUGCAGUAUUGAGCUAAUGAAUAAUUGGCUAAUAUGCAUAAGCUUCUAACUUAGGCUACACAUCUCGAGCCUGUCUGUCUCCACUGUUCUGUUGCGCAAUUACGCACCUGGCCUCUCCGCUGCCUCAGAUAUUCUUCUUAAAUCUUGUGGAGUCUCAGGAAAAGCCAGACUUCAAUAACUUGUUGGACACUUAUUAGGGGUUCACAGUGAAGCUGUGAAACCUAUUGUUAUUCUCAGAUUAUCAUUUUAUUCCUUGACAUGGUCAAAUAAAUCAAGCAUAGAUUGGUCAUCCAUUUUAGAAUAAGGCUGUAACGUAACAAAAUGUGGAUAAAGUCAAGGGGUCUGAAUACUUUCCGAAUGCACUGUAUGUAAAUAAGGUAUUUCAGUUUUGUAUUUUUAAUACAUUUGCAAACAUUUCUAAAAACCUUUUUCCACUUUGCCAUUAUGGGGUAUUGUGUGUAGAUUGAUGAGGAUUUGAUUUAUUUAAUCAAUUUUAGAUUAAGGCUGUAACGUAACAAAAUGUGGAAAAAGUCAAGGGGUCUGAAUACGUUCCGAAUGCACUGUAUUUCUCUCUAAGUGGCCUCCAGUGUCAAAUACAUUUCCGGGCCUUUAUGUGAGUGAGAACAGCCCAGUGGAAGACUGUUGAAUCGAGCAGGGCCAGAUCAAGAUAUACACGCUACAUGGGUGUGUGUAUGGGGUUGUGUGUGCGUUUGUUUAGCAGAGAGGUCUGGGUCUGUCAGACCAAUGCAAUUCCGAAGCCACUCCUGCGUUGUCUUGGCUGUGUUCUUAGGGUCAUUGUCCUGUCGGAAGGUGAACCUUCGCCCCCAGACCUCUCUCCUGAGCGCUCUGGAGCAGGUUUUCAUCAAGGAUCUCUCUGUACUUUGUUCCAUUCAGCUUUCUCUCGAUCCUGACUAAUCUCCCAGUCCCUGCCGCUGAAAAACAUCUCCUCAGCAUGAUGCUGCCACAACCAUGCUUCACAGUAGGGAUGGUACCAGGUUUCCUCCAGACGUGAUGCUUGGCAUUCAGGCAAAAGAGUACAAUCUUGGUUUCAUGAGACCAGAUAAUCUUGUUUCUCAUGAUCUGAGACACCUUAAGGUGCCUUUUGGCAAACUCCAAGCAGGCUGUCAUGUGCCUUUUACUGAGGAGUGGCUUCCGUCUGUUUUUUUUUAAAUAGUUGUUUUAUUUCACCUUUAUUUAACCAGGUAAGCCAGUUGAGAACAAGUUCUCAUUUACAACUGCGACCUGGCCAAGAUAAAGCAAAGCAGUGCGACAAAAACAACAACACAGAGUUACAUAUGGGGUAAACAAAACAUAAAGUCAAAAAUACAACAGAAAAUAUAUAUACAGUGUGUGCGAAUGUAGUAAGUUAUGGGGAUAAGGCAAUAAAUAGGCCAUAGUGCAAAAUAGUUACAAUUUCGUAUUAACACUGGAAUGAUAGAUGUGCAAAAGAUGAUGUGCAAAUAGAGAUACUGGGGUGCAAAUUAGCAAAGUAAAUAACAAUAUGGGGAUGAGGUAGUUGGGUGGGCUAAUUUCAGAAUGGCUGUGUACAGGUGCAGUGAUCGGUAAGCUGCUCUGACAACUGAUGCUUAAAGUUAGUGAGGGAGAUAAGAGUCUCCAGCUUCAGAGAUUUUUGCAGUUCGUUCCAGUCAUUGGCAGCAGAGAACUGUAAGGAAUGGCGGCCAAAGGAGGUGUUGGCUUUGGGGAUGACCAGUGAGAUAUACCUGCUGGAGCGCAGACUACGGGUGGGUGUUGCUAUGGUGACCAGUGAGCUAAGAUAAGGCGGGGAUUUGCCUAGCAGAGAUUUAUAGAUGACCUGGAACCAGUGGGUUUGGCGACGAAUAUGUAGUGAGGACCAGCCAACAAGAGCGUACAGGUCACAAUGGUGGGUAGUAUAUGGGGCUUUGGUGACAAAACGGAUGGCACUGUGAUAGACUACAUCCAAUUUACUGAGUAGAGUGUUGGAGGCUAUUUUGUAAAUGACAUCGCCAAUGUCAAGGAUCGGUAGGAUAGUCAGUUUUACGAGGGCAUGUUUGGCAGCAUGAGUGAAGGAGGCUUUGUUUGCGAAAUAGGAAGCCGAUUCUAGAUCUAACUUUUGAUUGGAGAUGCUUAAUGUGAGUCUGGAAGGAGAGUUUACGGUCUAACCAGACACCUAGGUAUUUGUAGUUGUCCACAUACUCUAGGUCAGACCCGCAGAGAGUAGUGAUUCUAGUCGGGUGGGCGGGUGCAAGCAGCGUUCGGUUGAAGAGCAUGCAUUUAGUUUUACUAGUGUUUAAGAGCAGUUGGAGGCUACGGAAGGAGUGUUGUAUGGCGUUGGAUCUCGUUUGGAGGUUUGUUAACACAGUGUCCAAUGAAGGGCCAGAUGUAUACAAAAUGGUGUCUUCCGGAUAUAGGUGGAUCCGAGCAUCACCAGCAGCAAGAGCGACAUCAUUGAUAUACAUAGAGUCGGCCCGAUAAUUGAACCCUGUGGCACCCCCAUAGAGACUGCCAGAGGUCCAGACAACAGGCCCUCCGAUUUGACACAUUGAACUCUAUCUGAGAAGUAGUUGGUGAACCAGGCGAGGCAGUCAUUUGAGAAACCAAGGCUAUUUAGUCUGCCAAUAACAAUGCAGUGGUUGACAGAGUCGAAAGCCUUGGCCAGGUCGAUGAAGACGGCUGCGCAGUACUGUCUUUUAUCGAUCGCGGUUAUAAUAUCGUUUAGGACCUUGAGCAUGGCUGAGGUGCACCCAUGACCAGCUCGGAAACCGGAUUGCAUAGCGGAGAAGGUACGGUGGGAUUCGAAAUGGUCGGUGAUCUGUUUGUUAACUUGGCUUUCAAAUACUUUCGAAAGGCAGGGCAUGAUGGAUAUAGGUCUGUAACAGUUUGGAUCUAGAGUGUCACCCCCUUUGAAGAGGGGGAUGACCGUGGCAGCUUUUCAAUCUCUGGGGAUCUCAGACGUUACGAAAGAGAGGUUGAACAGGCUAGUACCGUAAUAGGGGUUGCGACAAUUUCGGCUGCUAAUUUUAGAAAGAAAGGGUCCAGAUUGUCUAGCCCAGCUGAUUUGUAGGGGUCCAGAUUUUUCAGCUCUUUCAGAACAUCAGCUGUCUGACACUGCUAGAACAUCAGGGUUGGCGGAGGCUUCUGAUGUUAACGUGCAAGAAACCAAGGCUUUUACGGUUACAGAAGUCAACAAAUGAUAAUGCCUGGGGAGUAGGAGUGAUACUGGUGGCUACAGGGCCUUGGUUAACCUCUACAUCACCAGAGGAACAGAGGAGGAGUAGAAUAAGGAUACGGUUAAAGGCUUUAAGAACUGGACUUCUAGUGCGUUGGGUACAGAGAAAAAAAUGAGCAGAUUUCCGGGCGUUGUAGAAUAGAUUCAGGGCAUUAUGUACAGACAAGGAUUUGGAAGGAUAUGAGUACUGUGGAGGUAAACCUAAUCAUUGGGUAACGAUGAAAGAGAUAGCAUCACUGGAGGCACCGAUUGAGUCGGUCUCCGCGUGUAUAGGGGGUGGGACAAAGGAGCUAUCUAAGGCAGGUUGAGCUGGACUGGGGGCUCUACAGUGAAAUAGUACAAUAAGAAAUAACCGAAACAGCAAUAAGCAAGGCAUAUUGACAUGGGAGAGAUGCAUAAAGCAAUCACAGGUGUUAUUUGAGAGAGCUAAGACAACAGCUGGUAAUGGCGACAAAGUUUGGGCUGAGGCUAAACAUAAACAGGAUGUGGUACUGUAUAAAGGAACAGUCCAGCAGGCAUCAGCUGUAUAGCUGAGUUAUCAUAAGGUGAACAGCAAUAGGAGAGUUCGGAGGUAGUUCGGGGGCUGCUACAGCACGGCUUGCGUGUGCUAGCGGGCCGGGGCUAGCAGAUGGAUAUUCGUGGUCGACGUCGUAACAGGAAGCCUGUUGAAACAACAUCAGACGAUUUCGUCGGCAGACCAGUCGUGUUGGAUCGGCGGGGCUCCGUGUCAACACUAGGAGUUCCCGUCCGGUUGACAGAGAGGUAGAUCGCUGGGAGAUGGGCCUGGCUCGAGGCUAGCUCAAGGCUAACUGGUGCUUGCUAAGGGGCAAUGGUAAUUAGCCAACAACAACAGCCAUUCGGUUGCAGCUAGCUAGUUGCAAUGAUCCGGCGCUAGGGUCCAGUGAUUCCGGCAGAAAUGGUAGAGUGCUGCCGAGAUGGUUGUCCUUCUGGAAUGUUCUCCCAUCUCCACAGAGGAACUCUGGAGCUCUGUCAGAGUGACCAUCGGGUUCUUGUUCACCUACCUGACCAAGGCCCUUCUCCCCCGAUUUCUCAAUUUGGCCGGGUGGCCAGCUCUAGGAAGAGUCUUCGUGGUUCCAAACUUCUUCCAUUUAAGAAUGAUGGAGGCCACUGUGUUCUUGGGGACCUUCAAUACUGCAGAAUUUUUUUGGUACCCUUCCCCAGAACUGUGCCUCGACACAAUCCUAUCUGUGAGCUCUACAGACAAGUUCUUCAACCUCGUGGCUUGGUUUUUGCUCUGACAUGCACUGUCUACUGUGGGACCUUAUAUAAACAUGUGUGUGCCUUUCCAAAUCAUGUCCAAUGAAUUGAAUUUACCACUGGUGGAUCAAGUUGUAGGAACAUCUCAAGGAUGAUCAAUGGAAACAGGAUGCACCUGAGCUCAAUUUCAGGUCUCAUAGCAAAGGGUAUACACAACAAAAAUAUAAACGCAACAUGUAAAGUGUUGGUCCCAUGCUUCAUGAGAUGAAAUAAAAGCUCCCAGAAAUGUUCUAUGCACACAAAAAGCUUCUUUCUCUCAAAUGUUGUGCACAAAUUUGUUUACAUCCCUGUUAGUGAGCAUUUCUCCUUUGCCAAGAUAAUCCAUCCACCUGACAGGUGUGGCAUAUCAGUAAACUGAUUAAACAGCAUGAUCAUUACACAGGUGUACCUUGUGCUGGGGACAAUAAAAGGCCACUCUAAAAUGUGCAGUUUUGGCACACAACACAAUGCCACAGAUAUCUCAAGUUUUGAGGGAGCGUGCAAUAUACCUGCUGACUGCAGGAAUGUCCACCAGAGCUGUUGCCAGAUAAUUUAAUAUAAAUGUUUCUACCAUAAGCUGCCUCCAACAUCGUUUUAAAGAAUUUGGCAGUACGUCCAACCAGCCUCACAACCGUAGACCAUGUGUAACCACGCCAGCCCAGGACCGUCACAUACGAUCCAUAGAUUAGGGCCUCAUUUAUUUAUUUAAAUUGACGUAUUUCCUUAUAUGAACUGUAUCUCAGUAAAAUAUUAUAUCAUAUUUUUGUUCAAUAUAUAUUUAUACUCUGGACUCUGACAUUGCUCGUCCUAAUAUUUCUAUAUUUCUUCAUUCCAUUCUUUUACUUUUAGAUUUGUGUGUAUUGUAGUGUAUUGCUAGAUACUACUGCAUUAUUGGAGCUAAGUGUAAUGAAUACUCGGACAGAGUGGUAAGAUCCAAUCGCAGAAUUGCGAUGCUUUAUUAGAGUACAGACAAGGGAAUAGCUUAAUCGUGGUCUGGCGAGCUGUGGUCAAAACCAGGCAAGGCAGAGACAGGCAGAGGUACCAAGGGAGCGGGCGUAGUCGUAGUCGAGGGCACGGGCACAGGUUCAGAGAACGGUAAUCACUGGGACAGACAAGCAGAGGAUUAAGCAAUUCGGUAAGUCAAACAACGAAGCACAGGUCUGGUACACUGGUAAACAAAACAAACUCUUCUCUCUCUCUCAUCUCUCUCUCUCUCUCUCUAUCUCUCUCUAUCAUCUCUCUUCGCUCUCUCUCUACUCUCCUCUCUCUCUCUCUCUCUCUCUCCUCUCUCUCUCUCUCUCUCUCUCUCUCUCUCUCUCUCUCUCUCUCUCUCUCUCUCUCUCUCUCUCUCUCUCUGAACAAAACGCUUAGCAAGUCACAAAGGAACAAUACCUCGCACCGACUGAACUUCUGAGCACACCUUAUAUCCUACACUAAUUACUGACAGGUGUGCUCAGAACUCAGGUGAACCAGAUCGAGUCUGAUGACUCCCCCUCUCUGUAGAUCGGGGAAGUGUCAGACUCUGUCUAGACCCAGCCAACCCCCGAUCCCUUACACUAAGAACACAAGCAUUUCACUACACCCGCAAUAACAUCUGCUAAAUAUGUGUAUGCGACCAAGAAAAUUAUAUUUUAUUUUGAUUUGAUAUUAUACAUGGAGUUGAAUGGGGUAUCAGUGUCUGCAGUGAAAGUCUGACAUGCCUAGUGACUGGCCGGCUUCAUAAAUCCAUAUACUCUGACAUUCCUAUUACUCUCCAUAGCUUGUAAUCUAACAACACGUUACGUAACUCACCAUCUGCAAUCCGUUCUUCCCCCAUCUGGUUCCGACUCUUUGACAUGAGAAACACGUUCUUCCGUGAGAGCCGCUUCGCAUCCUUCUCUGCUGGUUUUCACUCUCUGCAUAUAGAUUGAACAUUAAAAUAGUUGUAAGGGCCUUGUAAGGUUACAGGGACAAUGUUGUAAUUCAGAUCAGGAGAGCUCAGCGAGGAGAGGAGUGUUUCACACAACCCACACACGUUGUAUCUUACAUUAAAGGACAAGAGAGGUGGACGAACUGACCAGGGAUCGUUUUCAGAAGUCAGAGGGAGGCAGUGCCAUGGGUGGGCAGGUAGAAAGAUAGGCCUUUCAAUAUUUGAGAGGAGAUAAGAUGACACAAUCUCCCUGCCCUGUGUGUCUCUACUGUAAUGUGGAAACAAUGCUCUUCUAUUGCUCCACAAAAUAGUGUAUGAAUUACAUUUACAUUUGAGUCAUUUAGCAGACUUACAGUUAGUGCAUUCAUCUUAAUGAGGCAAUCAGCAAAUGCUACAUCCAUUUUUGUACUUAAAAAUGAAGAAACUGUCGUACCACAUCAGAAUCCAAAAUAUACACUUGUUUUACUCCAAUGUUUGUAAACAAAGUAAAUGUAAACACACACUAUUUGGCCUACAAACAUGGUUAAAACUAUAUGUUUGAUAUCAUGUAUGGUCAGUCCUUGCAUCCAUAGCUCUGUCUUUGAAUUUGAGAUUGGUUAUAUUUCUCCAGCCCCAUACCCCCCCGCUUUUUACAGAAACAGUGGUGGGGAAAAUGCUUUGUUAUUGUUUCAACUCCUGAUUGCCACUUUAAGAUAGCUAGGUGGGACAACCACAUAUCACUGUCCUAGUAAGUACAUUUUCAUCAAUAAAGUAGGCAUCAGCAAAGUCAGAGCUAGUAAGGGGGGAAAAAGUCAAGUGCGAGUGUUAGUUCACGAAAUGAUUAAAAAAUAUAUAUAUUACUAGAAUAGUCUUUCCAAGCUUCACAAUUACUGGAUCUAUUCCGGUAUUCUCACACCCCCGAUUCAACUAAUCAUGGACUUGAUGAUUAGUAGAUCAGUUGAAUCAGGUGUGAUUACUGGAAUAGAACAAAUAAGUUGAAGAAGUCUGAACCUGAGCUAGCCCGUUUUUACACAUUUCUAAGCACUCUAUUACAGCUGUAACUAAUUUCUAACUAAUCUCUAUCGCUGGGUCACAGUGAUGAAAUCUGAGCAAUACUGGAGAUACAGGUUAUCAUCAGAGAACAUCUACCUCAUCAUCAAUCCUACAGAAACACCACCUCCCACAAAUUCACGCCUGCUUCCCUCCACAUUUGCACACCCCCACAAACACAUACACUUACAUUUUUACAUUUUAGUCAUUUAGCAGACGCUCUUAUCCAGAGCGACUUACAGUUAGUGAAUGCAUACUUUUUUUUUUUUUUUUCAUACUGGCCCCCCGUGGGAAACGAACCCACAUCCCUGCCGGCCAAACCCUCCCCUACCUUGGACGACGCUGGACCAAUUGUGCGCCACCCAUGGGUCUCCCGGUCGCGAUGCAGUGCCUUAGACCACUGCGCCACUCGGGAGUCACACCAACACACACACACGCACACACACACACACAUUGUGUCAUCUCCAGGAAUAGAUCACAAUAAGUAAAAAUUGGGCCCCUGGGGUGGGGGGGUCAGAUCUGAGUGGGGUCAGGAACAUUUAGAUCCGAGAACAUCAGAGCCAACGAUGUUACUGUAGCUAGCGAAUGUAUCUACACCUAUAGAGUAGCCUACUCACACAUGUGUGACGCACAAGGUAUUCCUGCAUUGUGUUGUGGACACCUAGUGCGCGGGUUUCUCACACAUUACCCAGGGUCCCAGGGGAGAUGAGAGUAGUAGUGUGGUAUUCCAGAAUCUCCAUACAGUCCAUAGAGUUCACCAUGCAGGAGAAAAUGCUAAAACAGGCUUUGCAUACAGCAUACAUACAUACAGAGAGACAGAGAGGGAGACUGAGAGCGAGACCGAGAAGGGGGGGAGGGGGGAGGGGGGGGGGGGGAGAGAGAGAGAGUGAUGUCAUAUGUCAGAAUGUAAUAUAAUAGAAAACCUUUUAUUGUCCACACAAUGUGGGAAAGUCCCUCUGGCUUCACAGUAAUAUAAUAAUCAACAUUGCAUGACAUCAGUACAUCUUCAUCAUCAAGAUCAUCUCAAAGACAAAAAUGUGUCACCUUAGAAGUUGAACUUUUCUUGUUACCUUUUCAAAAAGGAUGAGGCAUGAUAAGUAAAUGGAUAUGGAAUAUGGACCAGUAGCGCGCAUUGUGAAUAUUUACGCACUGAUUGCACCAUUAGUUAUUUGGGUUUGCAGUACAGAAUAUGGAGGCAUUUACAUGGGAAAACAUCAGUGUGUUCCCUAUUACUUGGGAGUGGUAACGAGUCUUUCUGAGAAAUUCCACCCAUUCAAACUAUAAUGUUUUUCAUACAUGCUGUUUCUCUCUGUUGUUGUUUUUGUGUCCAAGGCUGUUUAGCGGCGGUGGGCGAUGUGGGGGGCGGUCUCAGCGGUAUAAGAGGAUUUAAAAAGGGUUGGGGGCGACUGCGCACAGACACAGUUUCACACCAUGAAGUGCUCCACAUCUUUGCCAAGCCAACACAUCUGUCUGUCUGUGCUCAAUGAGCAGGUUUAUAUAGACCAUAGACUCUAAGAAAUGACUUGAAUUUAAAACAAACUCACACAUUCUCAAUGCAGCCAGGUGGCAGCGGGUGAUAGUGCGCGCGGAUUGGAUCAGGGCAGCCAUGCACUUCUCCGGAGACGCACUCUUCCCUUCAGAGAGCUCACUCAACCUCAUGGAUGACAAUUUGAACAUAGGCUUCGACCCUACGAGCAAGCCGGGGAUGAUGGAGGCCCCUGGGAACUCCACCGGUGCUCUUGGGAACUCCAGCGACCCGUUUGGCCGGAACGAGGAGGUCGCCAAGAUCGAGAUCACGGUGCUUAGCGUGACCUUCGUCGUGGCUGUGGUGGGGAACCUGAGCGUGCUGCUGGCCAUGUACAUGAGCCGACGGAAGCCCUCGCGCAUGCACCUGUUCAUGAAGCACCUGAGCCUCGCGGACCUGGUGGUGGCCUUCUUCCAGGUGCUGCCGCAGCUCUGUUGGGAGAUCACCUUCCGCUUUUUCGGGCCUGACUUCCUGUGCCGCAUCGUCAAGCACCUGCAGGUGCUAGGGAUGUUCGCGUCCACCUACAUGAUGGUGAUGAUGACGCUGGACCGCUAUAUCGCCAUCUGUCACCCGAUGCAGACCCUUCACCAGCCCACGCAGCGCGCCUAUAUGAUGAUCGGAGCCACCUGGGUGUGUAGUCUUAUCCUGAGCAUGCCCCAGUAUUUUAUCUUCUCCCUGAGCGAGGUCCACCCAGGCUCGGCGGUGUAUGACUGCUGGGGUCACUUCAUCCAGCCGUGGGGCGUGCGCGCCUACAUCACCUGGAUCACCGUGGGCAUCUUCCUCGUGCCCGUGGCCGUGCUCAUGCUGUGCUACGGCUUUAUCUGCCGAUCCAUCUGGCGGAACAUCAAGUACAAGACCCAGAAGGGCACGAGCGCGAUGGCACUUGCGACCAAGAAUGGGCUGAUCGGGAAGAGUUCAGUCAGCAGCGUCACCACCAUCUCGCGCGCCAAGCUGCGCACAGUGAAGAUGACUUUCGUGAUCGUGCUGGCGUACGUGGUGUGCUGGGCUCCGUUUUUCACCGUGCAGAUGUGGUCGGUGUGGGAUGAGAGCUUCUCGUGGGAUGGUAAGUGUUAUAUUUGGGUUCUGAGCCGUGAGUCAGUGGCAGCGCGCUCUGGUGCCAUGUCUCCGUUCAUUAUGUGACGCAUUAAGUGUUUUUAAACAUUCCAUUAUUGCUUAGGCCUACUUACUCAAUAAUAUGUUGGUAAUAGUGCACAGCUUCAGCACAUAUUUUAUGCAUUACCCCAGGGGCUUCCCUAAAAGCUGCUUCACUGCUCUCCAAAUUUGGAAAGCUUUUACGCAGCGGUUUACCACGGAUAUAGUGAGACAACAACUGUAUAACUCCUUCUCAGAUACAUAGACCAAACUGAAACAAAUAGGCUAUACAGACAGUCAAGACAUAUUACAUAGGCUAUAGACUGUGCAAACUGGAGACCCGGGGUACAUUGUGACCACAAUGGAACAAUCACGCACAAAAAUAUCUUACUGGAAGUAUUUUGAUUAUCAGUUCUGUGCAUGUGUUAACUCAUAAUUAAUUGCCUUGAUGACGUGUGAAUGUAGCUGAUGUUAUUCCUUCUGCUGUGGCUUGAAUUAUCAGACAGUGCACAAUAUAGAAAACCAACAGAAUCACCUAAAGGGCAUACAUAAUUGUUAAACAAUUUAAUGCAACCGUUGUGCAGGCGUGACAGACAGUUGUGAAAACAACCAACGGUCUCCAAAAGCUAAUUAAAUAUUUUGCUGGCGAGUCAGUGACCCUUUAGACCCAGUGGCUUACUGAGACUCCCUCGAGAAUACGCAUAAAUAGUGUGUGCCACUGCUAGUAGAUAAACAGAACAAGCUUUAAUGUUUUCUCCUUCACUGACUGGCCGACACCCCCUCCUCCCCGUUUCUCUCUCUCCAGACUCCGAGAACACCGCAGUCACGCUCUCGGCUCUGCUGGCCAGUCUGAAUAGCUGCUGUAACCCGUGGAUCUACAUGAUCUUCAGCGGCCACUUCCUCUCUGACAUGGUCCACUGUCUGCCGUGCUGCCGGAGGCUGCUCCAGAAGUUCGGCCAUCAGGACUCGAACAGCAGCAUCCGCCGCACCACACUCCUGACCCGGGUACCGCCACCGGCCCAACCCCAGCGGAGCUCGGAGCAAAGCUCUUGCAAAGAUUGCAUCCACCACUCCCACAGGAACUGUCAAUCAAUCCCGGUGGAGUCUUGACCGCGCCCUCACACUGUCCAUAUACAGUACCAGUCAAAAGUUUGGACACACCUACU